GGUUGGCGCAGUGCGCCUGCGCACGCGGCGCGAGAAACUACCCGGCAGGUUGCAGUUGGUGGUUCCGCCGUAAGAACCCGCCCGGGCGCUGCCGGCUGCCGUUGUUUCCAAGCUGAGGGGGGAAAAGGAAAGGCUUGACGGGUGCUCGGUGGGUGGGGCUGCUGGCGCCGCGAGCUCCCUUUCGGCUGUUGGUCUCGCGGCUGGACUGAGCGAGGGGGGUGGGGGUGGGAAGAGGAAGAGGAGGGACCCACGAAGCGGCCGGAGCCGAAUCGGCCUCCAUGGAGCUUCAGCGGCUCCUGACUCCGCCGCAGUCGACCGCCUGGGGCUGGGGAGGGUCUGUGGAGGCUGCGCGCGAAACUGGGCUCCGCCUCGGGACCCGACAGCAAGCCUGAGGAGGGCCGAAGGCUCCGGGGCGGCCGAAGCAGCGGCGCCGAAGCGAUCUCCUUGCCGAGCCGCAGGCUGUCCUGGAAGCGGCGGCGGCGGCGGCACCGUUCGCCUUCUGUCUCUCUGUGCCCCUCGGGCGGAGCGGCGACGCUGAGUGACGGCUUCCCUCCCUCGGACUAGACUGUCGGCCGCUCCUUCCCCGCGGCCGCCCCCGGAGAUACGAAGCCCCGCCGGAGCGACCGCCUCCACCUGCGCUUCUCUGCCUACCUUCAUCCAUCUCCCUGGCAGAAAGCGAAGCCCCAGGAGGCGAGCGGGCAGGCCCAGAGCUGCCCCUCUCUUCGGGAAUCGAGUGACGGACUGCUCGGCCUCUGGAGCCCCAUCCUCUGCUUUUAAAGCAUUUGGAUCCCACUGCCCCCCCUUCCUCGUCUCCUUCGAAUAAGCUGUUGUGUGUCGUCUUCCUUGCAGCUGCUGUAGAGCUUAGGUUAUUAUCCCGGCUUCUUCGUUCUGAUUCGUUUCCACCUUUUAAAACCCGAUAUAUUUUUUUAAAAAUCUCCUUUCCCCCACCAUCCAUAUUAUUUUAAGCUUCCUCCGGUGGCUGAAUGUAUGGAAAGGACUAGGCACCCAGGGUGGCUCUCUUGCUUCUUGUAGCGAUUCUAAUUCCUUUUUAUUGUGAUAUGGAAUAACAUGAAUUUAUGCACACAAUAAUCUUUUGUUCAAGAGACGUUUUGAAGAUAAAAUUUACAUUUUUUAGGGCUGAAAAUGUUCCUAAAGUGGGUUUUGCCUUAUUGGAGCUAUUUAUCCUCUGUGCCCAUUUUGGUCCUGUUUAAUUGUUACACUCUUCCAGCUAGUGCAGAUAAUGCUAGUCAAGCAUAUUAUACAGCCCUCAUAAAUGUGACUGUACUGAGUCCUGAUCGUUCAACACCUACUUUGCUGAUACUUGAGCGUGGGCGCUAUGGACAAGAUUCUCCCAAAGUAGCUGUCAGAGGCCAACUUUUGGCACCUCUGCCAAUCAAUGGAGGUAAGGAUUUCCUUUGGUUCUUUCUCUUAAUUUAACUGAGUCUUUGGUUUGUUAAGCUUUCCUUACAGUGCACAUUAAAAUUUUCACAAAAACUAUCAAACCCUCUGCCUUCUCCCUUGCCCAUUGGUUCUGGUUGGGUUUCAGUAAUUCCUUAUUUAAGCAAUCUGUAACUAUGAAAGUCAGUUCGUGGACUGACCUGUGAAGUACAUUUGGGUGAAUGUAGUACAAUUUUACACAUUUUUUUUAGGUGUACACCUAAAAUACAUACACACAUGUUGAAAACACAUGUAUCAUAGGCACUCCUUUUCAGCCUACUGGGAGCUGCCUGUCAAGUUGCCCUUCAGAAUUAAAUUUGAGUUUGCUGCCAUGUAAUGUGUGAAAUGGCUCUUUGUGAGUAUUCAAGGGCAUUGAACACAAGAUUGAUUCGAAGCCUCCCACAAUCUAGUAUGGUAUCACACUUGGUUCAGCCAACAGGCAAGAAGUGGUGGUUUCUGCAUCUGCUGCAAAUUUCUACAGCCUUCCAGGUCUGAAUGAUAAUAGUGGCAAGGUUCUUCCCUCUAAGGAGGUAAGCAACAUAUCAGGGAACUAAUUGCAAGCAAUCUGACUGUGGAUGCCAUCUGGCCCUCGAAAACAAAGCUGAGACUAAGGCCAGUCAGUCUUAGCUUUAGUGUUUAACUUGCUUUAAAGUGAAGUUCCAUCUAGAACAGGCAGUCCCGCCAAUAGCAGCUCUCUAUAAAAAUAAUAUUUUUCCUAGUCCUUUGAAAGUUAAUCCAUUAAUUACUGUUACAUUAAUUUAGACACAUGGGUAAGUCUUUUUUAAAAAAAUCUCAACCUGACAGUCUCUUGAGUACCUUUUUAGUUCUGAAAGACCUUGGAGCAAUAAAGUUCUCUUCUACCUGAUAUCAUAACUUGAUGCUUAAGAUUUGUUUUAAGUUGUGUAAGAGUGUUUUGUAUAUAUUUAGCAGAUUCUUAUACACAGUAGCUUGAUUUUUUGUCACAGUUGAAAACUUGCUUAGAAAAAAUGGUUGCUCUGGAAUGUAAGCAUAAGACAUACAUUAAGUAUGCAGUGUUAUAGCUAUUGUAAAGUGGAAAGUGCUAUAGAACUAAUUUUUAAAAUUGCAAUUAGGACAUACAUGUAAGCGUUAAGUGGUGAAUGGGUUCUAAUUUAGUACUUCUGUGCAGUUAAUUGUCAGCACUCUGAGUUAUGUGAUCUUAUGCGUGUUUGCUCAUAAGCAAGUCUCAUUGUAGGACUUACUCCUAGGUAUAUGUGUAUAGUAUUGCAGCCUUAGGCCUGUAUCAUUUUCUACUUCCUAUUUUUUCUUCAUACCUCACCUGUUUACUUUUCUUCUUUUGUGCUCUCUGCAUGUUAACAGUUUGCUUAAAACCUUGUGUAAUUCAUCUCAAUACUGUAGGUUUUCCUUUUUCGUCCCAUGAAACUAACAUUACGUGCAUGUUGAGAAUGACAUGCCCUAAACAUUUAAAAAGAUUAUUUGGAACAAAUUGAAUAGAAAACAAUACGUAGUUGUUUGAGGUUAUAGAUGUUCUUCAUUUUAUGUUCUCUUGACUGUUAAGGACCUAUUGAUAGUACAAUUUAGGUUCAGGUAUAUCUGAAUGUCCAAGGAAUAGACAUGGGCACAAAGCAUUUUCAGCCAUAAUUAUUUUUCUGGAUUCCGCUUUAGUUAGCUUGUCUGCAUCCAGUCUCCAACUCUAGCUAGACAGAGUGAACAUUUGCAGGACAAGAACUGAGUGACAUAAACGUAUUGAUAACUCUAAAGUCUGUAUAAAUAUACAGUAGUUCUCCAAACUGAAAGGUGGGGGACCAUGGUGAAUAGCAUCUUGUACAUGGACAGCCAUUCAGAAGUAAUAAGAAGUAGGACACAGAAUGCUCCUGCAUUGUACGAUUUGGGAAGAGUGGGGUGUGAGUAUGAGGUCCACAAAUUAGUGACAUUUCAUACCUCUCUUAUGGACAAUUUGUGCCUCUGAAGGACAGUUUACGUCUCUGAAAUUAUCUAUUUUGACUCUUCUUCUUUCCAUCACUCUUUCCAUCACUUACUCUUUCCAUCACAGGAAUAGGUUUCUCCUUAUUUGGAGGAGGGGUGGAAUAAAAAAGGCAGAACUUGAAUAAUAUUUAGGGGCACUUUUUUUACUGAACCCCUAUUCCAGUUGACUUUAUUUUAUUUAAAGAAUUUUAAAACUGUUUUAAAACAGUUCUUUCAUCUGUUGUUUGUAUGCUACUUUUCUGAUACCGAAUGGAAAAUAGUGUGGCUAAACAGCUUAUAGAUUGCUAGAAAAGUUGUUUUAUUUUAAAAUAGAAAACGACUACCUUCAGUUAGUCAGCAUUCAUCCCUCCAAAUUACUGCAGUUUAAAAAUGGUAUAAUCAUUAAAAUUUGGUGUCAUGAUCAUUUACCAACCUAGUCCAAUAUUGCUAGGAAAGCUAAAUACACAGCAGCCAUUAACUAUUUACCACUUAUUUUUUUUCUUGUGUGUUGCUCUAUUUAGGCUGUUCUAUAUUAGAUGCAUUGUCUUUAAGCUGUUAAUAUGAGAGUGAAAUUGAAGUCACACAUUUCAGAAUAGGCAUGUAAGCUGCUGUAUGUAGCUUAUUUUUAGUAUUUUGAGUGUCAGUUAACCUGAAUAUGUCUGAUCUCAAUAGUUGUACCAGGUGACCCUUUUAUAUCAUGCAUUCACUGUUGUGAGUCAACUGUGAAAAUGAAUACACUCUUAACACACUGAUUGGGUGCUUCAUAGCAAGAUACAUAGUAAGAGUAGGAAAGGCACUUGAAAUUGUUUGCCAGUGUGUUGUGUACAUCUGCUAAAUGCAAGGUUCAACCUUCUACAUCCACAGUAAAUGUUCAAGUGACAUUUUGUGGUGGUAAAGCAAAAGUUGGGCCCUGUGCAUAGGAGCAGAUGCAUACCGCCAGGUGGAGAUGGCCUGGCACUUGCACGUUUCUUGAUCUGUUACUAUGCCUGUGUGAAUAAUCUCUGAGAAGAAUGGAUCUUUAGUAUUUAUUUAUAGCAUUUAUAUACAGUGGUGCCUCGCAAGACGAAAUUAAUCCGUUCCGCAAGAGUCUUCGUCUAGCGGUUUUUUCGUCUUGCGAAGCAAGCCCAUUGACGGAUUAGCGCUAUUAGCGCUAUCAGCUGUUUAGCGGCUAUUAAAGGCUUAAAGGCUUAGGGGAUUAGCUGCUAAAAGGCUAUUAAAGGCUAUUAAAGGCUUAGCAGAUUAGAUAAAGGGGGAAAAGCGAAAAAAAUCUCAAGACUCGCAAGGUAUUUUCGUCUUGCGAAGCAAGCCCAUAGGGGAAUUCGUCCUGCGAAGCAACUUCAAAACGGAAAACCCUUUCGUCUAGCGGUUUUUCCGUCUUGCGAGGCAUUCGUCUUGCGGGGCACCACUGUACCAUGUUCUCCAAGUAGCUGAAGAUGGUGUACAUGCUUCUCUCCCUCCUUAUUUAAUUCACACAACAACCAUGUGAAGUUAGGUUGAGAGGUUGAGACUGGGCCACUUAGUUUAAUGGUUUAAUGGUUUUGAACACUGGUCUCAGAGGUCCUAGUCUAACCAUGAUACCACAUUCAUUGUGAUUAAGGAUCAUUUUUAUUUCCAUAGGAAGUCCAAGUUCUUGAGGUAAAUGACAUUGGCAUCAAAUUUACCGUCCCUGAACUUUGGUAUAGGUAGUAAAGAUUAUGGAUAUGUGUUGUAGUGCACUGAAAUUAUUGCACUUGUUAAGUAAAGUGACUGAAUAGGAUUUCAUGAAUAAACACUAGUUGUGAAGGCAUUUGCAAUUUGUAAGAGUAUUAAGAUUAUUUGCAUGUUUCCAUUUCCAGGUAAACUCCUAAAUCUUUUUACUGCUGUUUUAUUAUAAUAAUUUUAUAUAGUGUUCUUGUAUGUAUUUCUCAUUCUACCUGAAGGGUACCAAGUUGGGGAAGACUGCUAAGUGUGAUGCAGAUCUCUACUUCUUGUUCUUUGAAAUACUGUAGAGGGUUUUUUGUGUUUUGUAAAAACAUUAGAUAUUCCCUGACAUAGUUUUCCUUUGGAAAAGUAUUUCAGACAAUAUCUAAUGUUUGCUCUGGAUAAAAUAAUUUGAAUAAUAUGUGAUGUGAUGAAUCCUAAUCCAUAAAUUGUUAUGUAUCAGGAAAAUCUUUAAAAUGUUGUCAGAUAGUUUUUGUUUAAUAAAUCAAAUUUAAGGAAAACUUUAUUCAAAUUGAAGGAAACCAUUAUUUUCAAGAUUAGAUAACAGAGAUACUCUAAUUUUAAGCAAAAGAAAAUUAUAAAGGCCCCAAACGUAUUGGUAUUUGUGAAGAUUUUUUACUGGUAUAGAGCUGGAGUGGGUUAUCUGGCAAAAAUUACAGCUGAAGCUAGUGCUGGGUUGGCCUUGGUGUAACUGGUGUUUUUGUCAGAAGUAAGUAGUAUUGUAGCAGAACCAUCACAGUGAAGCUUUAGUUGUUUUUCGUGGAUGUGUGGAUUUUUAGAGAGCAGCUAUUUGUGUAAACCAGUGUUUCCUAUCUGGGGGCCAUAUGGCCCUCGGGAGGCCCCAAGUAUUCCAAGGGGGCUUCAGGUGAAAAUCACACAAAUGGGGGCCACAGCAUGAGGCUAGGGGGCUACAGAGGGAAGUGAGAAGUGAAGAUAAAAGGAACAUAAGAGAUGACAGAACACAGCUGGUGAAUAUGUUAUACUUCUUAUGUGAUGUCAUGAAUGGAGUAACUGGUUUGAGGGUGAUAUGAGGGUUGUUAAAAUGUUGGUCACGUUGAUCUGAUCCCAUAUUUACAUAUAAUAUAGUUCAGAAGCAGAAAUAUUUGCACUCGCAUGCACAUGCUGGCAACAAAAAGCUAUGCUAAAAGUAUUUAUGUAUCAUAGAUUUUAACUAUGUUAAGUAAAUUCUAUUAUUUUUUCUUGUUCCUCUUCUUCCUCUUAUUAUUUUUGAAUUUGUUAGUCACUUUAUCUUGCCCAGGGCAACCCAGAGCAACUUAAAACCAGAUAGACAAAAAAACCCCACAUAAGAUACUUUAAAACUUAGAGGAAAAAUGAAAUACAUUAAAAAUGUCAUUUCUACUUUUGUUUUAUUCCCAAAGUAGCCUGGGGCAAACUUGUGUCUGUGGGAAAAGGUGCCUGGGGAGACCUGCUUAACUGCUUCCCCUUCCCCUCUGGUCAUUUUGCUCACAACUGCCUUCCCCAAGCUACUUUCCUUCCAUAGGGGGAAAACAUAUGGGAACCCUACAUCUUUUCUCUCACAACUUAAAAAAGGAGCUGAGCAUGUAUUAUAUUGAGCUAAAACAACUACUGAAUGAGAAAGAAUUAAGCAGCUCCCCACCCCUGCCACCUUGUCCCAGACUACUUUGUGUUUAACCAGCACAAGGAUGAAAGAAUUGUAGAACUCCUCAUAACAAGUACUUUGAGCCUCAGGUGACUAAAUGUUCUGAUGCUGCCAAUCCAAAAUAGCCUAAUUUUAAACUGUUUCAAUUUAUAAAUGUGUGUUCUAGUUCUAAGCUUUUUAGGACAUACUUUCUCCAUAGUGCUGUGAAAACUACCACAUAUACUAUAGUCAUAUUGCUUGAUACUUUGGGCAAGGUUUUUGAUAUUAGCAGGUGGAUGUUAUAAGCAUUUAUUUCAGUUCAAGCGCUUUGGAGAGGAAAAGAGUAAGUUGUUGCACAAUGCUAAUUUCUUAACUAUAAGCAAAUAACUGCUGAGCAGUCACUGCUGCUUCCUCUUUGAAUUAAGCAAAUUGUACUUCUGUAUUCUUCAGUAAAUUUCAGUUGCAGGCAGAACUUGGGUGACUGCUGAAACUGAUAACUGAGGGGAAAGGCCAUAAUCUGUGUUGCAUCUGUCGGAAGAAUUUCAGUCAAGAUGGGGAGCCUAUUGGACUCCCAGCUCUUUUAUUUCCUUUAUUACCUGAUGAUUGGUCAUACUGGCUAGUGCUGAUGGGAGUCCAAGAACAUCAGUAGAGGCACAGGUUCCCUAUCAUUGGCUUAGAAUCACAACAAUCAACAUUUUUGAGACAUUCCUGUAAAAUAGGAAUGAGUUCUCAAAAACAUUUUUUUUCAGAGAACACACUACGUUAAAUCUAAUACAAGUGCCCAGUUUUGUGGUAAAACUGAGAAUGAGAGGAAACAAAAUAGGUUCAUCAGGGAAUUAACCUGAAUGUUUAGGUACAUGAAAUUGUUAAUUUGAUAUUGUAACUGUGAGGGGAAGGCAAUGUAUUCUGCUAGGUGUUAGUGCUGUUUCUGUCUUUUCUCUUUAUACUGAUACAGCAUUUUUGUAACAUAAGUGGACCUGCAACAAAAUAUUACCUUUUAAAUCCACUGUGAUAGUGGGAUGUUUGCACAUUUAUGGUCUGCCUGGUUUCUCUUUUUUGAAAGAUAGUGAGUAAACUAAUACUUCAUGCAAUACAACCAACUCUGAAAUAAGUUCCAUUGCAACAGUUUUACAGUACUGUACUUCCAAAUAAGCUUAAAAUUGAACAACAUUGCUGUGUUAAGGAAAUGCCUACAUCGAAUCCAUUAUAUCAGGAGUUUACUUCUUUUGGUGUACAGCAUCUGUCUGUCUGAGGGGACAGUGGAGGAGUGUACUUUUGGGGGUGAAGUCAAAUUGUUGAAGAGUUACAGCACCUGCUGUGGCUGUAGAGACACUGGUAUGGAUGAGAUGUGUUUUGUUGCAGCUGAGGCAGAUGAAGGCACCCAGUUGUGCUGAGACUGAUGCUCCAUGGCGUUUCUUCUCUCUGUGCUCCUCUCAGCUGUCCAAUUCCUCCUCUGGUCACUGCUGUGGAUACACAACCUGACUGUCUGUCUCCUGGCACUGCUGUCAUAUACAAGGGAUUCCCACACAGCAGGGUUGAUGUUACCAGCCUUUAUGUCACAUUUGCAGUCAUCUUUGUAAUGCAGAGUUGGUUCUGUCAAGAGGCCUGGUGCUUGAAGCCAGCUCCCCGUAGAGCACGUCCUUGGGAUCCUGCCAUCUUCCAUUGUGUGGACAUGACCAAACCAGUGUUUACUAGCUUGUUUAUUUUUAAAAAUAUCUGUACCAAACUUCAGUUAUAUCGACUCAGAUUAGAUGUUUAUUUUAUUUGUUUAUUGCAUUUAUAUCCCACCUUUCCUCCAAGAAGCUCGUAGUGAUGUAUAUGGUUCUUCCUCUCCCCUUUUUAUCCUCACAACCCUGGGAGAUAGGGUUGAGAAACAGUGACUGGUGCAAGGUCACCCAGUGAGCUCCAUGGAUGAUUAGAACUCCAGAAGGAAUCUGAUAGCAGAAUGAGGAAGGGAGGCAAUGUAGGGGGGCAAUUCCCCUCCCUCUCAUAGCUCUCUGCCCCCCCCAUCUGCUCCAGGCGAUUAGGGAUCCUCAAACAGAUGAUGGCAUGGGACCUGUAGUGGGGAAGGGAAUUGUCAUCUUCCUUCAUUUCACUGACAGAUUCCUCUCAUUGGUGACCAACAUUCUUUACCAACCCAUUUGUGCAGUUUUGUAAUAUGUGAGCAUUCACCAUUUCAUCCAUCCAUUUGUAAUCUGAAGUGAUAGAGAUUGUCACAUGGGCUGGAUGAUUCUGUAUUCAAGGAGUCAAGAAAAGGUGUUUCAGGGAAACUUGUUUACAGAAAAGUGCACCUGCAAUUCAGUUAGAGGCAUGUUUGAUUCCCUCCACCCCUGAAAUUUAUAUAAUGUGUACAUCUCAGGUGUGGAUAUUUCCAGAGUGGUAAAGGUCAAGAGAGCCAUCUGUAACAAGAAGCAUCUUAUCAGCACUGUCUGCUAGCUGGUAACCAAGAUGUUGCAGUGUUAUACAGAGUACUGUACUACUUUGAGAUUUAGAUUCUCCUUUGGAGUGGAUUAUGCUCCAAAAUUCUGUGGACUGAAAUUACUCCCCCCCCCCAAAUAAAUUGCAACUGUCUGAGCACAGUUUUGCUUCAGCUUACAUGCUUUUCUGCCAAGUCUCUAUUUCCUGUAGCUCAAAAGAUGGCACCUGGGGAUUUCUAUUUUUCUCUAAUUAGCACAACUAUGCAAGUUUGCCAGGUGUAACCUCAAAAGUUUCUCACACAUAACACAUAGAAAAUGCAGAAGAUUUUGCUUUAGCAGGUACAAUAGCUACCAGAAAAUAAGCAGUAACAUACUUCAUUGCAAGCUCUUGGAAGGACUAGGAAGGAUACUUAAUAGGAUGGUGAAAUCCUAUUUUCUGCAUGUUUUGUGGGACAGACCAGUUUCUCCAAAUAAUCCACUACUUGUUGAGUAUUAGAGCAUUACAGCAACUUGUUGAGUACUUGAGUAUUACAGCAUCACCUGUGCUGUAGGCAUUGAACACCACCACUGAAUAAAAAAAGAAUUAACCAACUUGAAAGACAAGACCUUAGAUAGCAGUUUUGCAUGCAAUGUUAGAUCAGAUUCUAAAUAAUAUUAAGUUUAAGUGGCUUAGCUCUAAAUGUUCUGAGCCAGAUGAUCUUUGAAUGUGGCAGCUUGAAAAACUGGAAAGCAUAGCAAAUUCACUGCACCCAAGAAGUUCAGAAUUCAUUGUGAGUGAGCUAAGGUAGAGGAUGGUUGUCAGUACAGAGAAGGUACUUGAAUUUGAAAUAGACUAGGUUGGUGGAAUUUGGCACCUUAUUGAAAAAAGAAAACAUUUUAUAUAGUAACCUUUUGUACGAUUGUGAAAUGACAUAAAUGACUUCAGAUCACAUAUUUUUAAAUAAGUGAUUUGUAUAAGCUUGAAUUACUCUUAAAUUGCUUUUCAUUAUGCCAUGGAGACUUUCCAGCAUAUAUAUUCAGAGUCCUCAGCUUGAGAAAAAUAUACAUUAGAAAUGGAUUCUAAAUAACUGAUCAUAGAUGACAGAUGAUAAUGGACAACUAUUGACAAUUAAACUUGCUGACAUGGUUGUCUGUGUCCUUUACAAUGCUGAUUGAUGUGUCUGGCACUCAAGGUGUAUGGUAGUAUCCCUUAGUUCCAGUAAAUAUUGGAAGAUUCUAUGAGAAGCUAUGAAGAGGACAGAGAUUGCCAGCCUGUUUGCCUUUCUGAUACAUGUAGAGGCACAAUUAGACAUUGUUCUGAUUCAAAGCUACCAUAAAGAUUGACCAUUACAUCUUACUGAAUUUGCCAUAUCAAGCUGUAUACAUUUUUGGGGGGGUGUCUUUCUCAUUUUUUUUAAUCAUUGAUAUAGUUAAUAAAAUCAUACCAAACUAUAGCAAAUAAAAUCUUUUUUUGCUCUGUUCUCUAUACUGCGUAUUCUUAGUUUAUAAGCUAGCUUUUACAAUAGGACUGUCUCCCAAGUAUCAAGCAAUUGGUAAAAGGUAAAGGACCCCUGACAGUUAAAUCCAGUCACAAACGACUCAGGGGUUGCGGUGCUCAUCUCGCUUUACUGGCCGAGGGAGCUGACGUCUGUCCACAGACAGUUUUUCCAGGUCAUGUGGCCAGCAUGACUAAGCCGCUUCUGGCGAAACCAGAGCAGCACACAGAAAUGCCAUUUACCUUCCCGCCGGAGCGGUACCUAUUUAUCUACUUGCACUUUGACGUGCUUUCGAACUGCUAGGUUGGCAGGAGCUGGGACCGAGCAACGGGCGCUCACCCUGUUGCAGGGAUUCGAACUGCCGACCUGCCAAUCGGCAAGCCCCAGGCUCAGUGGUUUAGACCACAGCACCACCCGUGUCCCUAUACCAAGCAAUUGGAGUACCAGGCAAUUAGAGAUUUUUAAAUAGAGGUUGGAUGGCCAUCUGUGAUUCCGAUAUUCCAGGUAGGGGUUGGACAAGAUGGCCUUUUGAGUCGCUUCCAAAUCUGCAUUCUAAUUUCUAAAUAUAUACAUAAAUUUUGGGCAACUUAAGAUGACAGCGGUACAUGAACAAAUUUAUCCUAACAUUUUGCCAUUCCUUUGACCAGGUAUUGAAAAUAUUCACUAGUAAGUAUUCUGGAACUGAAAAAAAUCCUUAAGUGUAAUGAUCAUAAUGAUCAAAUAUGGUUAACACUUACAGAUUAUUAUUUAGCUUAAAAAUUGCUUUGGGUUGUGCAAAUUGUUCUGGUCUCAUAACCAGAGAAUAAUUUUAGCCAGUGAUCUGCUUUUUAGAUAUUUUUAUCAACAAACUUUAACUGACAUCUCUUUCCUUUUUUUAGUUUCAGAUCGUUUAGGCUGUGAUCCACGAACUCGGUUUCCAGUUCCUACAAACAAGCAGUGGGUUGCCCUACUGCAGCGAGGAAAUUGCACCUUUAAACAAAAAAUCCUGCGGGCAGCUUUACAUAAUGCUUCAGCUGUGGUAAUUUACAAUAAUAUGUCAAGUGAGGAGCCUGUCACCAUGACUCAUCCAGGUAAAAGCUAAGAUACCAGAUAUUCCUUUCUCCUCAUUUUUUUUUCUUAUUUCCCUUAUGUUGUAAGACUUUUUAAAGGUAUUUGUGAUUUGUUUUUAGACAUGUUCAGAUACAUCAUGGUGGAUAGUUAACAGCAUUUUGUCUUUUUUGUGAUUAUCAAGCGUGGAAGUUGGUCAUUCAUUCUUUGAUUUAUAAAAGUGCUGGAUAAAGUGCUGAGACUGGCAGUCUCCACUAGCUGCAUGACCAUAGCAUAUUGCCAUGUCUACUUUAUUUGUGACAGAGAAGAAAAUAAUGUGCUUAGUUUAAUGCCUGUAACAGAAACUAGAUGGGAAGAAGGAUAAGUAUAUGGAGUAUGGUUUGUGCAACAAUCCCUUCCAACGCAUAUUUGCAUGAUUGUAUUAGCUGUGCUCAAACAUUCUACAAAACAUACAUGAUCUAUAGAAACCCUUCAUGACAGCUUUCCAUUAGCAUAGUAUCUGAAAAUACAAGACUUGGAGCCCAUAUUGCGCUGUUGAACUAUGAUAGAAUACUAUUUCUCUGACAAAGGGAAAUAUUCAGUUGCAUUCUUCCUAGACAUAGGUUAAUGCUGGAAAUCUUGCUCAGCCAAGUAUUAGUUGCAUAUAUUUUUAAUCUAAUUUUUAGUUAGUCCUCUCCUGUUGUUCCCUGGGAGCUGGCAUUGAGGUAGCCAUUGGAUUUGCUGUAACCUUCAACCCUCGCCUGCUUAUUUCUAAACCUGCUUGUUUGCCCCUCACUGGCUGAUCUUAGCUGCCUUAAUGUAAUAGGGGUAGUCGAGUAGGCAAUAAAUGCUAGAAGCUUUUCCACUGCAAAAUGCAAUAAAAUAUAGAAUACUUGGCGUCCAGUAGUGGACAACAUUCAAGUAGGCUAUUUGCUUCUGGUGAUAUGUUUUUAGCUCUGGGCAAACCUUCAGAUUCAGAGCCAGCAUGUACCUGAACACCAAUUGCUGGUGGUGUAAUAAUGGGAGAGGGCUGUUGUCUUUGUACUCUGUGGGCUUCUCAAAAAGCAUGAAUGCAUAAAAUAGACAUUACUGGCUAGAUGGAGCUGUGACCAGAUGCAUUAUAUUCAAGUUCAUAGUCUCUGAAUGCUACAGUAAAGCAUCUGCAGAAAGGUAUCAAAUACUUAUUAGUUCCCAUGGUUGCCUUCUAAAUUAAUGUUACCUGGACUUGUGUAAGGGAGAAAAAUAUAGUUGCUAGGUUAUUUGUGGCAAUUGUUAAAAAUUAAGAUUAGAGUAGAUAAGCAGCAGGAGAACUGUGACAGACCAAUUGUUUGAGUACAUCGUUCUGUCUCCAGCAGUAAUCAAAGAAAAUGCUCCUAUAGCUCACAAUCAGGUGUGGCAGAGUUGUCCAGUGUUUUCACCCAGUAUCUGUUAGGCAGAGAUAUGCUGUACACAGGAGAUAUAUAUACAACAUUAUUUUAAGUUUCCUUUCUCAAUUUGCCCAAUAAGCUCUACCAUUAAAAUUGCAUUUUUUUUAUUGCUGCUGGAUGGUUUCAUUGAAUUUUACUGUGGGACCUUCAGUUCUGUUUCUUGGAUUGAGUGAAAACCAAAAACCAUCACUAAACCUUUAGCUAGCUAGUGAUUGUGUAUUAUAUCCAAUGUUGGUUAUGUUGGGAGUUCACUCAUUUAUAUCAGUGGAAAAUUGUUGACCAUUAAUUUCAUAAGAUUAACUCUGAGUAUGACUUAGUUGCUUAGUUGGAUAUUAUCCUGUAUACUUGGCCCAGUGGAGCAUUCAUUACUUUCUUGGUCACUCAAGAAGGAAUAUGAUUAUCUUUUCAUUUACUCAAGGGUGAAGGUAUAGCUUGGCCAAUUCUUUUCAAUGUUUUUGAAUUUCCUUUAGCCUCAGAUCUAAACUGCUAUAUUUAGGAGGAAUAUAGGUGCUUUUUUGUCUCACUGCUUUGUACUUGGUAGAUAUCAGUAUGAAUAGUUCACAUUUGUGUUGUUUUGAAAUUAAAUCAUUUUGAACAGAUGUUGGUUAAGAGAUGUGCAUGUAAAAAAGUGCUUGUAAAAUAAUGUUGCUUUCCUAAUUGUCUAAAAUUUGAGGCUGCUAAUCUCAUACUGUUUUUCACAAUUCGGGAUCAGCUUUUUGAUACCUAACAGUUUGUUUAAAUGUAUAUAUGUACAGCCAAAUGAUUUGCUUCUUAAUAAACAUACAUGUUAUGUCAGAUGUUGAUUCAUUGUUUUCUUCUGUUUAUUCUUUUGAUAGGAACUGGAGACAUUGUCACUGUCAUGAUCACAGAAUUGAAGGUUAAGGAGAUUCUGAAUUACUUGGAGAAAAAUAUGUCUGUCAUUAUUGCAAUAGCAGUUGGAACCCGCUAUCCAAACAAACCCUUUAGCCGUGGUUCUCUUGUCUUUGUAUCAAUAUCGUUCAUAGUUUUGAUGAUAAUUUCUUCAGCAUGGUUAAUAUUUUACUUCAUCCAGAAGAUCAGAUAUACAAGUGCACGUGAUCGGAACCAGGUAACUAUCUUUUGAUUCUUCAUAUCAAAUGUGUAGGGUUUUUCUGUUGUGUUGAUAGAUUUUUAUUAAAUGUCUUUGUAACUGCUUUUAACUACUAUACACCAUCCUGAGUGCUAUGACUACAAUGGAAGGGUGGGAUAUUAAUUUUCCCUUGUAAUUAAAUUGUAAAGUUAAUACAUGCAACAUGUGAGCUGUUUCAUACUGUGAUAAAAAUAUAUUUCGGUAUUUUGCCGAAGGUCUUUAUCAUAUGCAAUUAUUCAGUAUUAAAGGGAAUAUAAAUGGGCCUGCACUAAAUGUUGACCCAUAUAUAUUUUUAAGACAAAAGUAAUACUUUCUGGAGUAGGGGAGAAAGGGGAUAUUUCCUGUAAAACCCUUAAACUUAGGUGAAUGUUCAACUUGUUUUGAACUACUUUCCUGAUCUGUUACUUUUUGCCUUCUUUUUUUAAAUGAAGUAUUCUGGUGUUACCUAAAAAGGAGGUACCUACAAAUAAAAACACAGAUUCUUCUCACCAAAAGAAGACAAAUACAGUGCUUGGAAAGAGUUCAGAUUUAUUGCAUGCUGCAGUGUGAAUAAAGAGACCCAGUUGGAUAACUGCCAAAAGAAACUGGGCCCUCAAAUGAAGGGUUCACAGAGCUUUUAUAGCGUUUUAGGAAAAUAUGCGAUUAUGGCAAAAGCUUAAACUAUCCUAACUGGCUAUCUUUAUGUGUGUUCAAAAUAUGCUCUUAUCUCCAUAUACAGUAGCUUGGCAACAAGUUGUGGUUGUGCCUGUGAGAACCUGUUUAUGCAGACUUGGUACUUAGCAGGCUGUGGUCAGUUGUGUAAGCAUAGUGACAGGAUUUGAGCAUAAGUGCAUGCUGUGCUGUGCUGACUUGAGGGUCUUGACAUCUGCCUUAGGUCAUGACAUUCACCUGGGUCCCAGGUUAUGACACACAGGUAUCACUGGGAAUGGUCAUAAGUGUUAUCCCAGGCAGGUGGGAUUCAGUUAAUGACAAUUACGUUACAGUGUUGGGGCUAGCCAAACUAAGUUGCUUGGUUCUAAUAUCACUGAGGGCAGUCUCCAAGAAUUACUUUGCUCUCUCUGUUGGUGAACACAAUCACUACCUCUAGUUUUAGUUUGUAAGCUAAGCUAUUUAAGUUUCUUCUGGAUUCCAGAAAUCUCUUGAGCAACAUUCCUCUUCAACCAGGCCUUUGGCUUAUCAAUUUUCUAUAGCCUUUUAAAUGUGUCUGUGGAAAGGGGUGUGUCCUUGUUUUGCUGGGUUUUUUAAAUAAUUAGUAGUUACUUGUUUUUCUACUGUAUUGUGAAUUGCCCUGAGAUCUAUUGAGGGUGGUAUACAAAUCAAAUCAAAUAAGUAAAACAAACAAACAAACAAAAAACAUACAUACAUGACAUAACUAAACUGCUGCUGUUUGUAACCUUUAUUUUCAUUCAUUUUAUUUGUAUGCCACUUUCCACAAAAAAUCAUGCUCAAAGCAGCUUACAAAAUAAUAAUACCAGGAGUACUUUUCAAGCAAGUACUGCAAAAAUAAUUUCAUAAUAACAUGAGAAACCAAUAGCAAAUAUAGUAACAUACAAAAGCCCACUUUUCAAAAAUAUAACAAGAUUACUUAAACAACAUGAAUCAUCCAGUAGCAAAAAUAACAAGGGAUCUUCACUGUUUCACCUUAGUCCUAGAAACACUACUCCCAUAAUGUGCUGGUUUUAAAAAAUACGGACAAUUAUCAUAUGUCUGAGAGUCUUAAGUAAUGGAAGACUAGAUCUUCAACAUCUUUCUGAAAUGCAGUGUGUCAUUUGUUAGGAAUUAAUUCCAGUGUAAUAUGCUAUAAACCAUUCGGGAGUUGAAAUGCAGUCAUUUUCCUCCAGUUGGGAGCAUUGUAAAUUGCCAAAUAUUAUUAACAAGAUUCUGUUCUAAUAUAAAUUGCUGAGUGACUGCUUAUUUAUGGGGUGUUGUGUGUAGCUAUUCAGUAUUUCUCAUUCAUCUUUAUGUUUGUAGGUAAACUGCAUUGGGGGGAAAUAUAGGUGUUCCUUUAUUUGGGGGUUCUGAAAACAAGGUCUACAGAGCUAUGGAAAAUAAAAAUUUUUUGGAUUGAACGGUAGCUCACUGUUUCCUAUUGCAAGGCAGGGCAAAGAUUUUUCUCAGCCUGGAUUUUGAAAUGAGGCCUUUAAGAACUUCAUUUUAACGUCUCAUUUGCCUCAGUGGAACAAAAGGGUAGUGCCCAAACAGGACCUGAGAAGCCGGACACUGUUUCAAAAUAUUGGUUUUAAAUACAUCAGCAGAAGGCCAGUGAAUACAUUUCAGCUUAUGAAAGUUACAAUCUUAAUAAUAUCCAGAAGAAAUUAACAGCACAUUAUACAUAUUGGGGAAAUAAGGAACAGUAUGUGAAAAUAAUAAUUUCAUGGAAAAACAAAAUGAAUAUGAAUAUAAAUAUGCAAUUUUAGUUUAAUAUUUAACUUUAGUCAGAGGAACAUAAUUCAGAUUAACUUUACAAAGAAUCAUGAUGGCAUGCAAAAUGAAUAAUUUUUAACUGUUAUGCAACUCUAUUGUUUGUUCCUCUAAAACAUUCACUAGUCCAAAUGACCUAAAAGCUGUGCUGUGUUUUAGCCAUAUAGGCACUUGUUCUAAAUACUAAGAAAAGAGAAGAAACUACCAAUCCAAACAGGGUAGUAGUCAACUAAGUUUUACCCAGAGUAGACCCGUUGAAAUUAAUGAACAUGACUAAGCCAGGUCCAUUUCAGUAUGUCUACUCUGAGUAAAAUUUCGCUGAAUACAACCCACAGUUUCUGUGGGUUCAGGGAAGAACAGAGAGAUGACUGCAGGGUCCUGUUGGCAGGAUCCACAUGAUGGAGAGAAGCUUGGGGGGUGGGGAGGUGAAGCAUACCUCAGCUUGGAACAAGCAAAAAUAUAUAUAUUCAAAGAUGUCCAAAUGCUGGAGCUCAGGAAAAACCCAGUUCUGUGUAGUAAUUACAAGGAACAAUUCUAGUAAGGGAGAAGUAAAAGCUUUCCAAAACAAGUAAUUAAGAUUAAUUGGAGCUGUACAAAAAGUAUUUGGAAAACUGGUAUGAAUAAAGAAAAAAAUCCCAGUGUAAAAUUAACAUAAACUGUAAGAAUAGAAUCUAAAAGGAAAGUUCUCUUCUGCAUUCUAGAGAAAAUGCAGCACUUCCGGGGUGGCGCCAUCGGUAAUGGCAGAUUCCCUCUGACUCGGAGGGAACCGGCUCUGCGGAAAUCGGGUCUCACCGCUACGGCGAAGCGGGGACCCUUCAAAAAUCACAGGCGGGUGAAGCCUGUGACCGUGGGACUCGGCGGGCACCUUUUGCGCCCCCCCCAAUUGGCAAAGGAGCCCAACUACAGGCUCUGGAGCGGAGCGGGGAAGUGGCACGGUGCUGUGAGUCAACUGCUUCUUCCGUGGAGCGAAGCCGCGUAGCCGUUACCAGAGAGCGCUGCCUUUUUCCUGGGACAAUUUGGCUGCAAAACAACGAUCCGUGAGUAGGCUAAUUCCGGAAUUAAAGGAACUUUACAAAUAAUUCGGUACCGAAGCGGAGAGGCAUAAACAGGAAGUCUGCCUUCCGUUCUUGUAAAUGGAGUAAAGCAAUGAACUUGUAAGCGGAAACCUUAAAAGACGUUGGAAAAGGAUUAUAAUUCGAACAUCAAACAAGCGAUUUCCCCCCCUUGAUUGCAGGGGAGGAGGGGGGAAAGGUUUGAACUGUAUUUCCCUGUAAAAAAGAGAGGAAAAGAAGCUAAAAUCCACUGCUCAAAACCCUGGAACAGGUUGCCCAGUGAACAGUAAGAAAGCCGUAUUGGGAAUGCGCUGUUGCUGAAAGUACUCUUUGACAGUUAACUCUGCAUCUGAGAUACAAGUAAGAUACAAGUAAGAUACAAUAUUUCUGACUGGCUUCUCCUGGUUUUAAAGUAACAGGAAAGAACUGAGAUUGAAACUGUUGUCCUUUUUGUGAAUUGGGGGGCUAAAGGAAAAAGUUAAUUACUUUAAGACACUUCUGACUGCUACUGUGUCCCCCUAGAGGAAGUUUGAAAUUGUUACAAUAGCAGCUGGGCCAGGGGAAUUUUCCACUUCAAAACAAAUUCUGAUCGUGAGAUUGACCUUGGACCUUAUGUAGAGUGUUAUGGCAGAUGGAAAGGAGAAAAUAGAUUCACUACAGGAAAAAGCAACGAGGUCUGGCAGAGUAUUUCGUACAGACGGUGGGCUGCAGCGAAGAGCAUCGACAUCUGGCCCUUCUGGAUUACCAACAGAAGCCUCAUCGGCACAACCUAAACCCAAAGGAAUGGCAGCUGAAGAUGCUUUGGCUCAGGCACUUGGUAAAAUUAAUGAAUCUUUGGACAAAAUAAGUAAACAAGUAGCCGAAGCAUCGGGCAAAAUUGACCAAAAUACUACAAGUAUUAAUAAUUUGGGACAGAAGGUAAAUACCAAUACAGAAACUAUUCAGAAAUUACUACAGGAAUCUACCUCGACACGAAAGACAGCCGAAGAGGCAAAGGAAAUAGCAACAGCUACAGCCACUGUGGUAGAAGAGAAGAUACCACCGUUAUACAAACAACUUGAAGACCACAGGUCAAUAUUGUCUAUGAUUGAAUUGAAGGAGAAACAAACAAAUUUAAGGAUCAGGGCCGUACCUGAACUUGAGAAAGACAACUUGAUUGACUUCUUACGCAGGAAUUUGCAGACUUUUGGAACCCAGAUUUGGAGAAGGAUAGUUUCAAGAUAGUGAGUGCCUUUAGGCUUGGAAGAGGAGGGAGGAGGAACAGGGUGAGAGACUGUUUGAUCACCCUCCGAACAAAAGAGGAGAGAGACAAAAUCUUGAGUCUGCACUUCCAGAAGACUUUGGAAAUACAUCAGUCAAAAGUGGAGAUAUUUAAGGAUAUUCCGAAGUAUCUUUUGGACCUUAGGUCCAAUUAUAGAGAUUUGGUUGCCCUGUUGAGAAGUAACGGAAUUAUCUUUAGGUGGGAAUUCCCCCAAGACCUAUCCUUUAGUUACAAAGGGAAGAAGAUAAAAAUAAGAUCAGAGGAUGACAAAGAUAGAUUUUGGAGAGACCACGGAGAAGACCUACAGAAGGAAGCUGCAGAAGAGUUAAGAGCACUUGUAAGUGAAACUUUAGACAUACCAGGUUUACCUCCUGAACCAAAAGACCGCCUGAAGAAGGGGAUACCACCGACAGAUCAGGAGCAGGCACUGGGUGCAGUUGGAGGAGAAGCAAAGUAACUACAUCAUGGCUCUGCAACUAUUAAGCUGGAAUUGUAAUGGUUUGAACUCCCCUCAGAAAAGGAGAUCUGUGUUUCAUUUAUUAAAAAAGGAACAAAUGGACUUGAUUUGUUUACAAGAAACACAUGUAACAAGGCUACACAGGAAACUACUGAUUAAUAAAAGACUGGGUCAGGAGUUUAUUUCAUCGGACAAGGUUUAAAAAAGAGGGGUAGUGAUUUAUGCAAAGGAGAGACUAUUACCGAAAUUUAUCUUCAAAGAUGACCAAGGAAGAUUUGUGGCAAUUGAAAUUCAAACACAAGGAGAAAAAUUCUUGAUAGUAGGAGUUUAUGCACCAAAUGAGGGGAAAUCUGAAUUUUUAAAAAAGUUGCAUGAGACCUUGAUGGACUAUUUGGAUUAUAAUGUGAUUUUGAUGGGAGAUAUCAAUGGAGUGGUAUCUACACACAUGGACAAGGCGCAAAGACAGGCAGUCACUAAGGAAGGCAGACUACCGAAAACUUUUUUUGAAAUGACAGACAACUUGGACUUAGUUGAUAUCUGGAGAACAAAGAAUCCCUUGGCCAGAGAGGGAACCUUCUUCUCUGAAGCCAAACUGACAUGGACAAGAAUUGGCCAAAUAUGGGUAACUAGAGGAAUGGCACCAAAGAUAAGAAAAGUGGAAAUCUGCCCAAAAACCUGCUCCGACCAUAAUGCGGUUAAGAUGGAAAUGAAACUAACACCAACUGGUUCCUUCAGAUGGAGGAUGAAUGACACCUUACUUAGAGAUGAAGAAGUGAUUAAGAAGGCCCAAAAAACCUUGAGAGAUUAUUUUGAGAUAAAUAUGAACACCAGUGUUGAAAAAAGAGUAAUCUGGGACGCAAGCAAAGCUGUUAUGAGAGGGUUCUUGAUACAACAGAAUGCAUUAAAGAAGAGAAUCCAAAAUGAAAAGAAGGAUAAAAUAUUGGAGAAAAUAAAGGAAAGUGAAAAGAAAUUGAGAGCAAAACCAAAGUUGCAAGAGAUAUUGAGAGAAAUAAAGUUAUAUCAAGUACAAUACAUGAAAAUGAUGAAUCAAGAGAUAGAAUGGAAAAUCAAACAAAUGAGACAAAAGACAUUUGAGUCGGCUAAUAAAUGUGGGAAAUUAUUGGCUUGGCAAAUGAAAAAAAGACAAAAAUUAAAUACAGUUACAAAUCUAGAAGUGGAAGGAAGGAAUAUACAGAACCUAGCUGAGAUUAGAAAUUGUUUCCAGAGGUACUUUAAACAACUAUAUAUACAAGGGCCACAGAAAGAAAUUGAUGUAGACCGAUUUUUGAAAACAAAUGGAUUACAAAAAAUCUCUCAAGAAAAUAAAUUAAUAUUGAACUAUAAAAUAACUGAACAGGAGAUAGAAGGUGCCAUUCAGAAUAUGCAAUUGGGUAAAUCUCCAGGACCGGACGGUCUGACUUCUGGAUACUACAGAUCUUUAAAAGAAUGGUUAGUACAACCUUUAAAAGAAGUCUGUAACGAAAUAAUGGAUUGGAAAAGGGCACCAGAGUCGUGGAAAGAAGCGUAUAUCACACUUGUACCGAAAACAGAGACUGAAAAGACGCAGCUUAAGAACUACCGCCCCAUAUCACUGCUCAAUGUGGAUUACAAAAUGUUUGCUGACAUCUUGGCUAAAAGACUAAAAAGAGUGUUAGCGGAAGAGAUACAUAAAGACCAAGCAGGCUUUCUCCCGGGUAGACAUCUAUCUGACAAUGUGAGAAACAUAAUCAAUAUUUUAGAAAAAUUACAAGAGAAUAUAAAUACUAAGGUAGUUUUAAUAUUUGUGGACGCGGAGAAAGCUUUUGACAACAUUUCUUGGAGUUUUAUGAAGAAGAACUUACAGGGUAUGGGGGUAGGCCAAGGCUUUGAAAACGGUAUAAGUGCAAUAUAUUCUGAACAAAAGGCUAAAUUAAUUGUAAAUAAUGUGGUGACGGAAGAAUUUAAGAUAGAAAAAGGGACACGACAAGGUUGCCCAAUCUCCCCAUUGCUUUUUAUAUCGGUCCUGGAGGUUUUGUUGAACAUGAUUAGAAGGGACCAGUUGGUUAAAGGUAUAUAUGUCGGAGCCAAACAGUACAAAUUGCAUUUGCAGAUGACUUAGUAUUGACGUUACAGGAGCCAGAAUCUAGUACCAAAAGGGUUUUAGAACUGAUUCAAGAAUUUGGUCAGGUUGCAGGAUUUAAAUUGAAUAAGUUAAAAACCAAGGUUUUAGAGAAAAACUUAACACCAAUUGAGAGAGAGAGGUUUCAGAAUGAGACAGGUUUAACAGUGGCUAAGAAAGUUAAAUACCUGGUGUGAUGGGAUGAUGAGCUGCUUGUGCGUAAAAUCGUAUCCCCUCAGAGUUUGUUCAAGUCCACAAACCUCUGUCUGUGACAGAGCCCCUCAGACAUGGCUACUCUAGUCACUAGCAGAUUCCGACAGUGGUUGCUUUCGUAAUCGCUUCCAACAUAAAAGCUCCUUAACGGAAACACGUCUUCUGGAAUCUCUGCGUGACAGUUUCCGGCGAGGAGUGGGUGUUCUUACAGGAGGUCCUGAAACCUCUCCACUGUUUUCGCUGGAAGUGUCUCUGAGCCAUCCCUCCAGCUCAGCUCCUCUCCCCUGCUGGUUCCCUCAUCAGCUGCUGCGUCUCUCCCAACCUGUGUGAGCCCUUUCACCUCCCUGUUGGUUUCCUCUUCAGCUGCUGCGUCUCUCCCAACCUGUGUGAGCCCUUUCACCUCCCUGUUGGUUUCCUCUUCAGCUGCUGCGUCUCUCCCAACCUGUGUGAGCCCUUUCACCUCCCUUCCGUCCGAUGGCAGUUCCCUGACAUCCACCUCCCCUCCAGGGCCCCCUUCACCCCCUCUCGCCCCCUCCUCUACGGGCGGUGAGGAGGCAAAACCCCGGAAUGAACUUCCUUCAUCUUCCGAUGUCUCGAACACUUCUCUCAACCUGUUGCGGUUCCUGGUCUCGAGUACACCUCCUCCUCAGAGUCCAUCUCCCCUUCCCCUUCCGAGUCCGGGAAUCCUUCCAACUCCUCCCCUUCAUCAGUGGUCCCAAAGUAUUCCCUCCGGAACCUCUCUACAGGCUGAGGUUUCCUUGGGAACCUUUGAUGGAACGUUUCUAUCAAUACCUCGUCAUUGAUAUCUUCAGCCAUUACCCAAGUGUUUUCUGACUCCGGUUCUCCUUCCCACGCUACCAAAUACUCCACCUGAUCCCCCUUCCACCUGGCGUCGAGGAUUUCUGCCACAUGGCUGCUGCAUUCUCUUUCUUCUACGACCGGUCCCCGAGUGGCCAGCCCUUCUCGUCCCCCUUCGUACGGUGACAGUAACGACCUGUGAAAUACUGGGUGCAGUUUCAUGUGGUUGGGUAACCGGAGCCUGAAAGCCACUGGGUUGACCUGUUGAAUGACCUCAAAGGGACCCAACCUCCUGGGUCUUAAUUUCUUACAACCUCCUUUGAACGGCAGCCCUUGGGUUGACAGCCACACCCUAUCUCCCACCCUUAUGGUUUCACCUUCCCUUCGGUUCUUGUCUGCCUGCCUCUUGUAUUCUUCCUUCGCCCUUUCUAAGUUGAGUUGGAGCUGACGAUGGAUUGCUUCCAUUUCUUCCACAAAAUGCUCGGCUGCCGGGACGCUCCAUCUCUCCCCUCUCCCCUGGGAAAGCCCUGGGAUGACACCCAUAAUUAGCCAAGAAGGGCUCAUCCCUGUGGACACAUUCUCGGCAUUGUUGUAGGCAAAUUCCGCCAGCGCCAACUUUUCUACCCAGUCAUUCUCUCUGUCAUUGACAUAACACCUCAGGUAUUGCUGGAGGACACCGUUUGCUCUUUCCGCCUGCCCGUUGGUUUCAGGGUGCCGGGCAGUCGAAAAAUUGACCUCCACCUGCAGUAAGCUCAUGAGCUUCCUCCAGAACCUGGAAGUAAAUUGUUUUCCUCGGUCUGAGACCACCCUCAAUGGCACCCCGUGCAACCUAAAAAUGUUUUCUACAAAUAACUUCGCUGUCUCUUCCGCCGUGACUGCAUGCGAGCAAGCUACAAAGUGGCACAUCUUUGUUAGUAGGUCUACCACCACCAUGAUGGCUGUUUUCCCUUUGGACUUCGGCAGAUCAGUCAUAAAAUCUAUCGACACUGCCUCCCAAGGUCGUUCUGGGGUUGGUAAGGGUUCUAAUAGCCCCGCCGGCGCCCGCCUUUCCCCUUUGGCUCGCUGGCAUUGCUCGCACCCUCUUACAUACUCACGUACAUCUUCCCUCACCUUAGGCCACCAAAAUUCCCUGGUGACCAACCACAUGGUUUUGUGUUGUCCAAAAUGCCCCGCCGUAGGGCUGUCGUGCAACUGCUUGAGUACCCUCCCCCUUAGCUCUCCUUCAGGGAUAUACAGUGCCCCUUUGUAAUACAAAGCUCCAUUUCUUUCCUCGAAACCCCUGGUUCCUCUCCAUCACCCCUAAGACCUCUGAGCUUAUUCUGGGCGUAUUCAUCAUUCUCUGUUUCCUCUACCAGUUCUCUUUGUCCCACCAAUGCCGCCCCACACACCCAGCGGUCUUCUGGAAUGACAUGUCUCUCUUCGGGUGCCCCUCCCCUCCAAAUAUUCAGGUUUGCGUGAGAGAGCGUCCGCCCUAAUGUUCUCUGGGCCUGGCACGUAACUAAUCUCAAAGUUAAAUUUGGAGAACUCCUGGGCCCAUCUCACUUGCCGUUGGUUGAGCACUCGUGCCGUCCUCCAAUACUCUAGGUUCUUGUGGUCAGUGCACACUUGCACCUUAUGUUGUGCGCCAAUUAGCAGGUGCCUCCAUCUCCGGAACGCCUCAUGAAUGGCUAGUAGUUCUCGGUCAUACACCGUGUAGUUCCUCUCGGAUUUGUUCAGCUUUCGCGAAAAAAGGCACACGGUCUCCACUCUGACCCCUUCUUGCCUGGCUGCAGAAGCACCGCCCCAAUCGCUCUGUCUGAUGCGUCAGUUUCCACUCUCAUCGGUUUUUGUAAAUCCACAUGCAGGAGUUGUUGUUCCGAGGCGAAGGCCCUUUUAGUUCCUCAAAUGCUCGCUCCGCCUCCUCAGUCCACACGAACUUCUUCUUACUGCUGAGACAGUCCGUAAUGGGCGCCGUCAGGUGGGCAAAGUUUCGGAUGAACUUACGAUAGAAGUUCCCAAAUCCUAGGAACCUCUGCACAUCCUUCUUUGUUUUGGGUGCUUUCCAUUCCAGCACAGCCUGGACCUUGCCGGGAUCCAUGGCCAAUCCCUUGUCUGACAGGCGAUACCCCAGGAAUUCCACCUCCUUGGUAUGAAACUGACACUUCUCCAGUUUCACCCACAGCUGGUUGGCUUGCAGCCUGCUCAACACUUCUCUGACGUCUCUCACAUGCUGCUCCUCAUUCUCAGAAUACACCAACACGUCGUCUAAAAAGGCCACACAAUUCUUGUAAAGCAAAGGCCCCAGGACGUGGUUCAUAAACGAUUGAAAGGUUGCGGAGCCUGCUUGGAGGCCGAAGGGCAUAACCAAAUAUUCAAAUGCCCCUAAAGGGGUGAACAUAGUGGUUUUCCAUUCAUCCCCCUUCCUUAUUCGUACCAGGUUGUACGCCCCCCUUAGGUCCAGCUUUGUAAAAAUCUUUCCCUUCCGCACCCUUGUCAAAAUGUCGUCAAUCCUGGGCAUAGGGAAGGCUACUGGUUCUGACACUGCAUUUAAGGCCCUGAAGUCACACACCAGCCUCGGCUUGUUCGUGUUUUUCUUAUCCACAAAAACACUGGGCUGCCCCCACCGCCCUGGACUCUCUGAUGAACCCUCUCUUCAGGUUCUUGUCAAUGAACUCUCUUAACUCCUGCAUCUCUCUGUCUGACAUGGCGUACAGCUUGCCUACAGGGAGCUGUGCUCCAGGGAGUAAGUUGAUUUGACAGUCAAAGGGUCUAUGCGGGGUAGUUGGUCAGCUUCCCUUUCGCUGAAGACGUCACGGAGAUCUGCAUAUUGUCGUGGUACCUUCACGUUCUCUGUUACUUCAGUCCCUGCUAGGGUGGCUUGGACCCCUGCCAAACCCUUUCCCUCUUUGCAGUGUUCUAAGCAAUGUGCUGAACCAAAAGAAACCACUCUCUGAUGCCAGCCCACCAGCGGAUCAUGUAACGCUAGCCAGCUCAUCCCCAAUAUAAUGGGAGCUCCUCCCAAGGUGGCCACAUUAAAAGCUAUCAGUUCGGUGUGCCUUGCUACCUUCAUUAUCAUUGGGACGGUCUGCAAGCUGACUUCUCCACCCAACAGCUCCCUGCCAUCGAUCGUGGUCACCUGCAGGGGCUGCUUAAAGGAUUGUCUGUAUCUGGUGUUCAGCUGCAAACUCUUUGCUCAUGAAAUUGCAGGAGCUGCCUGAGUCCAACAGCGCCUUUAUCUUUAGAGGGUGUCCGUUUGGCAGCUCUAGCGUCACUUCUAUCACUAGGGCGGGUUUAGGAGGUUCUGGCGUGGGCACUCUCACUGCUCUUUGGCCUGGCUGCUGUGCCCUGACAGUGGCAGCCAGGCGUUGGCUUUUACUUGCUCCGGUAUAUUUUCCUCUCUUCCAUCCACAGCCCCUACCAUCCCUUGCCAUUCUUUCCUCUGGGGGCAGACUCUGGCAAAGUGACCUGGCUGUUGGCAGAGAUAGCAUUUCCGGGCGCCUUUUCCCUCCUUCUUUGCCCCCUCACUGGGCUUUGAAACUGCGCGCGCGCGCUGUUCCGAUUUCCAUCGGCUCUGCCGGUGGGAAAGUUGGCUCUGGAAUGUCUGGAAUGCGGAACUCCUUCCAACGUUCCCCUUUCCCUUCCCGCCUCUCCAAUGCUCUCGCCUCCUGGCGCGCUCCUAUGGCCAGCGCUGAUUUGGUCAGCUGGUCCAUAGACUCCGCCCUGGGCGCCCGGGAAAGUUCGUCUUUCACAGCCGAAGAAAGCCCUUCUUCAAAGAGCAUUUGAAUGGGUUCCGCCGAUAAGUCCCACCCCAAUCUGUGAACAAGCAUGGUGAACUCAGUCCAGUACUCACGGACAGAUCGGCUCCCUGUUUGCAACCCAUUAACUGUCUGCGCACCACUCCCUUUUCAAUAUCGCUGGAAAACAUCAGAUCCAUGGCGCGAAAGAACUUCAUCGUGUCUUUUAAGACGUCACUAUUCGCUGCCAUCAGGGGUCUAACCCAGUCUCUCGCCCCCUUUUCAAGAUGCUCAAUCACGAAAGCCACUCGUGAUUCCUCGUCAGGGAUUCAUCAAACUGCAGAUUGAGGGCAUAUUGCAUUUCUGUCCGAAAACCAUGAUAGUUUUUGGGCUCCCCCCCAAACUUCUGCACCAAUCCUGGUACCUUUCUGGCGAACUGGGUGGCUUUCCCCUUUGUCUGCAUCCUGAGCCCUCCUCUCCUCAAGCCUCGCCGUCUGCAUCGCUAGCUGGACCUCCAACAUCUGGUACCUUUCUUCCAGGCUUGGACCCGCUCCAGCUCCUGCUUCUCCGGUUCCGGCUGGGUUGCUCAUGAUACCUUCUCCUGCACAAGCUGCUUUCAAAGACUGUCGGAAUGCUGUGAUGGGAUGAUGAGCUGCUUGUGCGUAAAAUCGUAUCCCCUCAGAGUUUGUUCAAGUCCACAAACCUCUGUCUGUGACAGAGCCCCUCAGACAUGGCUACUCUAGUCACUAGCAGAUUCCGACAGUGGUUGCUUUCGUAAUCGCUUCCAACAUAAAAGCUCCUUAACGGAAACACGUCUUCUGGAAUCUCUGCGUGACAGUUUCCGGCGAGGAGUGGGUGUUCUUACAGGAGGUCCUGAAACCUCUCCACUGUUUUCGCUGGAAGUGUCUCUGAGCCAUCCCUCCAGCUCAGCUCCUCUCCCCCUGCUGGUUCCCUCAUCAGCUGCUGCGUCUCUCCCAACCUGUGUGAGCCCUUUCACCUCCCUGUUGGUUUCCUCUUCAGCUGCUGCGUCUCUCCCAACCUGUGUGAGCCCUUUCACCUCCCUGUUGGUUUCCUCUUCAGCUGCUGCGUCUCUCCCAACCUGUGUGAGCCCUUUCACCUCCCUUCCGUCCGAUGGCAGUUCCCUGACACCUGGGGAUUAACAUGACAGCAAAAAAUGGGAAUUUAUUUAAAGACAACUAUGAAAAAUGUUGGGCUGAAGUGAAAAAAGAUUUAGAAAUAUGGUCAAAUUUGAAGCUUUCACUGCUGGGUCGUAUUGCUGCGAUAAAAAUGAAUGUAUUGCCUAGAAUGUUGUUUUUGUUUCAAACAUUGCAAAUUGUGGACAAAAUGGACUGUUUCAAGAGGUGGCAGAGAGAUAUUUCUAGAUUUGUCUGGCAGGGCAAGAAGCCCAGAAUAAAAUUUAAAAUACUAACAGAUGCAAAGGAAAGAGGUGGAUUUGCCCUGCCAGACUUUAAACUUUACUAUGAAUCAGCAGCUUUUUGCUGGUUGAAAGAAUGGUUGCUUCUUGAAAACACAGACAUUUUGGAUCUAGAAGGUUUUAACAAUGUAUUUGGAUGGCAUGCAUAUCUGUGGUAUGAAAAGUCAAAGCACAUAAAGCAUUUAAAAAUCAUAUUGUCAGGAAAGCAUUGUUUAAUGUUUGGACAAGAUACAAGGACUUAUUGGAAAACAAAACCCCAAGGUGGCUGUCACCGAUGGAAGCGAAAGCUCAGAAAAAGCUCAAUAUGGAGGUCAAAUGGCCAAAAUAUUGGGAAAUUUUGGAACAAGAUGGAGAUAGACUGAAAUUGCAGAGUUUUGAGAAAUUAAAAAAUAAAGUGCGAGACUGGCUUCAUUAUUAUCAGAUAAUGGAGGCAUAUAAUUUGGACAAGAAAAUUGGCUUCCAGGUGGAAAAAUCAAAAUUGGAAACAGAACUGUUAGAACCCAAAACCAAGAUUUUGUCAAAGAUGUAUAACUUGCUGUUGAAAUGGAAUACUCAGGAUGAAAUGGUGAAAUCUGCUAUGAUUAAAUGGGCACAAGAUGUUGGACAUAACAUAAUGAUGGCUGACUGGGAACAGUUAUGGACCACAGGUAUGAAGUUUACGGCAUGUAAUGCCUUAAGAGAGAAUAUUAUGAAAAUGAUACACAGGUGGUACAUGACACCAGUCAAGCUUGCAAAAAUCUAUCAUUUGCCCGAUAAUAAAUGUUGGAAAUGUAAAGAAACCGAAGGUACAUUCUUUCACCUUUGGUGGACGUGCCCAAGGAUUAAGGCUUUCUGGGAGAUGAUUUACAAUGAAAUGAAAAGGGUAUUUAAAUAUACCUUUCUGAAGAAACCAGAGGCCUUUCUCCUGGGCAUGGUCGGCCAAAUGGUGCCAAAGAAGGACAGAACUUUCUUCAUGUAUGCCACAACAGCAGCAAGAAUACUUAUUGCAAAGUAUUGGAAGACACAAGACCUACCCACUCUGGAAGAAUGGCAGAUGAAGGUGAUGGACUACAUGGAAUUGGCGGAAAUGACUGGCAGAAUCCGAGACCAGGGAGAAGAGUUGGUGGAAGAAGAUUGGAAGAAAUUUAAAGAUUAUUUACAGAAAUAUUGCAAAAUUAAUGAAUGUUAGAAUGAUGUUGGAAUGAAGUUAGGUGGUUUAAGCAGUAAUGCUAUAAAGGUGUAUGUAAAAAAGGAUUGUUAAUAGAUGAAAAUUUAAAGUUAUAGUAUAUUAAGUUAAAGGAUCAUGAGAAAACAAAGAGGGAAAGAAAUUGCUGACUUACCUCCCUUUUUUGUAUUCCAGUUCAAUUAGUUAUGAGGAGGUCAGGGAAACAAGGAUAUGAAUGUAAGCUAUGGAAAGAUUGACCCAUUUUUCUUUUCUUUUUUCUUUUUAAGUGUUUUUUAUUUUUUUCUGUAUUUUGUAUUUUGUUUUGUUUUGUUGUAUUUUUACUUUCCCCCCCCCCUGUAAUUCUUUUUUUCUCUGAAAUUUCAAUAAAUAUCAUUUAAAAAAAGAGAAAAGUUACAGCAGAGAAAGAAAAACUGCUUUUGUGAAAUAGAGAUGAAGCUAAGAUGGGGUUCAGAGAGGAAUCUGUCAUUUCUCUGUUUCCCAACAUCCCCAAAUCUUUUCCUACUCACUGGUUUAUUUCUUUAUUUUCUUUCCUCACAUCUUUAAUUUGUUUUGUACUGGUAAAUGACAGGUCAUGGGGCAAACACUUGCAGAAACAGAAAAUCUGCUCCAGCAAGUCCCCCAACUCUCCAAGGAGUUGUAGGGGGAGGAAAGGAAGGGGAAGUCCCACUGUGCAAGUGGAAUGGUUCUCCAUUCAGUUUGAAUUCCAUCCUCUGUACCAGGGGUCAGCAAACCCCUGUAGGGGGUUUCUGUAGGGGGCUGGUCCACUGUCCUUUAGACCUUGUGGGGAGCCGGACUAUAUUGGGGGAAAGACCCCCCCAACUCUCACCUCUCUUCUCCACAGCACCGGAUGAGCCCUGGUGGCUGCUUACCUGUGCCUUGUGAGUGGCAGGGGCUGGCGGCGGCAGUGGAGGGACAAUGAGCGGCGCGAUACGGCUGGCUCCAGAAAGGGGCUGCUUAAAAUGGUGCUCAUGGCUCAACAAAGCCCAGCCCCCUUCCUCCUCUAGGCAGGGCGGGGAGAAGCCAGGAGGAGGGAGGGAGGAGGUGCCACUGUGUGGGGGGGGAAUGGUGUGCAGCCCAAAUGAUCAGAAUCCCCACACCGAUCCACGCGGCGAUUCCCAGACCAUCCGCGGGCUGGAUCCAGAAGGCAAUUGGGUCGGAUCCAGCCCCCGGGCCUUAGUUUGCCGACCCAUGCUCUGUACAGUCGUACCUCGGAAGUAGAACGGAAUCCGUUCUGGAAGUCUGUUUGACUUCCAAAACGUUUGGAAACCAAGACAUUGCUUCAAUCGGAAGCCGCAUCAGAUGUUCGGGUUCCAAAGAACAUUUGCAAACCGGAACACUCACUUCCGGGUUUGCAGCCUUCGGGAGCCAAAACAUCCUUUUAUCAGAUAAGCAUAGUCACUUUGCCCUGUUGUACUUGAAACACCCAGAAAAGAGGAGGUUGUGAGAUACUUUCUGUUCUGCUUCAUAACCUGUGUGUUUAUGUGGCUUCGUUACUUUUGUAUUUCAGACUUUUGACAAUGUUACAAUUCUCUUUUUUACCUAUCUUCUAUUUGGCAGUUGAAAAGAAUAACAGAUAGGCAACUGAUUGGACAAAGUAGCAAUCCUAUACAUUAGCAAUUUCUGGAUUUCAAAAAUCCACACCUGAACAGUUGCUCUUUAAGUAAAAGUCUUUAGACCUUUUUCCUUCAGAAUUUUACAAAGGUCAGGAGAAACUUGAUAAAACUUUUAUGUGGUUUAAAAGGCUUGUCUUAUUAAAAUUUUAUGAAGAGGUAGCAACAGCUAGAGCACAAUUGGAAAAGCUUAGCUAUUUUAUAUAGGGGGGGGAACAGCUGCUAAGUGAUAGGAUAACUGUGCAUUUUAAGUCUGUUGCUGACUUCACACAAUAGUUUGGAAGUAAACUACUGCUUCUGAAAAAAGGUUAAAUAUCAUGAAGCUUGCUUUGAUAUGCCAAUAAUGCAUUUUACAACUCACAUGUAUUCUGGAAUCAAAGAAAGCAUUUAGCAAUAGACUGGGCUUGGUCUGUACUCACAGCCAGUAGUUGGCAAAGUAUAUAUUCUACAUCGCUGCCUUGAGUGAGCAGAACUAUUGAACUUUUUGGUCAUUAUUGAACCAAAUAUGUAGUUAAAACAGCCAGCUUUGAAAUGUUACCGUGUCUUAGGUUAGGGAAAACGUAAUGGAAAUUAAUAAACAAUACCCACUUCUCUUUGCCAUUUUGGGAUGACCAUUACCCCAUUAUGAGACUGACUGAAAUAUUUCAAAUCCUUUCAAAUGAUACCUGUGAUGUUUACUACUGGGGCAGGUUCUGCUGCUGUUGAUCUUUUGGUUUUACUAUUUUAAAUUGGGCUUUCAGCUGUUCUGUUUUUUAGUGUACUUCUAAUUUUGUAAGCAACUUUGCAUUAAAAUGAGUUGGAGUGUAAAUGGUUCUCUCCACAGUACCAUCCAUAUAAUAAUGGAUUAGUAAGAGACUGUUUGGUUUGUUUGCUGUAUUUAUUGAAGCAUACAAAGGGCAGUCUUACUUAGCUUUUUGUUGCAGGAGACCUGCAAUUGGCUUAUCAAGGGGCUGGCUGGAUUUUAAUGUGUUGAAAUUAUAUGGCAAUGUUUAGGAGUGGAAGUAUGCUGAAAACACUUGAUUUUGGGACCUUUUUGCUUUUCUCUUUAUAGGCUAUGUGACUUUACAGUUGAUGAGCUUCCUAAUUUUCUCAUAUUUGAUGGACAAUGAGAAAAAUAAAUGAUACAUACUUGAAUAAUGUAGGAGACAUCCAGAGGCACAAACAAGCAGAAGCAGGCCAAAGUAUUUAGCACAAUGGAUUAAUAUGUUCUCCAUUUCAUCAUCCUAAGCAUCCAGUUGAAUGUAAACAUUGGAAUGGCCUCUGAUUUGGCCCUUUCCAUAUGUUACUUUGAAAUAUGAUUCUUUUGAUUGCUGAUUCCUCCUUCCAUUGUGCCCCCUGAAAGGCUGAUCUGGAGGGUUUGGGCACCCUUUGGAACAGAAUGGGAGAUGCUGCAAAGGGCUGAAGGGGAAAGGGGAAAUUGGUGCAAGGCCCCCCUCCCCAUUCUAAUAGGUAGCUUUAUCGUAUUUGGAGCCUUUCCAUAGAUGGAAGCUGCCUUUUUGUUUGCUGAAAGGGCACUCGGGAUCUAGUCCCCUAUAAAGCAAAGAAAUACAUCUAGCAAAGAUUAACACAAAAUUGAAUCUCUCUUUACAUAUUAUUGACAAACUUGAGAAAUUAAAAAAAAAUCGGAGAUUUCUGGUUUCAGAUGUUUCCAGAAUAGCUACAAGAUGAUAUCAGGAAACAUCUCUGUAACAGCAUACUCUUCUAAAUAACAACAUAAUUACAGUAGCUUAAAGAGAAAAAACGCUAACACAUUGCUUGAUCCUCACUGUAUAAACCUAAUCCUCCUCCUGUUGGGAGUCCUGGUUACUGAAGCAAGGAAAUGUGAGCUUGUUCUAUUCAAAGUGACCUGUCUCAGAAAUCUAUUGAAUCGCUUGGCAGCUGGCCAUUCUCAAUUGCCUUGGAUAAUAUUGUUGAAGGUGAAUCUGCACUUUAAGCGUAGACGUUCUUGCUUGCAACUAAAAGGGAUUCCCAUAAAAUAUGAGCUUGAUGUUUAUAGCCCAAAGAGACUUUAGUUUUGAAAGUGCCAUGAACUGUGCACCUGGUACUCUUCAGAGUAUAGUGAACAAGCUGUAAUCACCAUUUUAGUAUAUAACCAAAGGAGAUUUAAGAGGAAGAAGCACAAUUUUUCCAACACCUAAUAACUCUCUCUGUGUUUUAUUCAGCGUCGACUUGGAGAUGCAGCAAAAAAAGCUGUUGGUAAAUUGACAACAAGAACAGUGAAGAAAGGGGAUAAGGUAUAGUCACACAAAUGAAAUGUUAGUCACAUUUUUUCUGGAGAAAAGUAUUAAUGCUUAUCUGUGCAAGUCUGUUUCCCCCCUCAAUUUAUCCCAAUCCUUUUGGUUUGUGGAGUCCUCCACAAAAGAAGUUGUUGAGCUUUUUUGGGGGGGAGGGGAGGCCAAAGUUGUUGAGGGGGGCAGAGAGUUCUUUCACUUCCAACGAUCGAUAGGGAUCCAGCGAUCGACCGCGAACAUCUGGGUAUUUACCUGUCGAUCACGGUCAACCGGUUGGACAUCCCUGAUGUAGAUAAUGUUUUUUUGUUUGUACCCGGCCCAUCUGACUGGGUUGCCCCAGCCACUCUGGGCGGCUUCCAGCAUAUAUAAAAACAUAGUAAAACAUUAAACCCUAUACAGGUAAAAGUGUUGACCCUUAGGGAGCUGAAUACCAACACCUUACCCGUAUGGCAGUUUUUCGUUUUCAUUGGUAUAUAUGUAGAAAGGGGAAGAGUAUAAUACCAUGAGGAAAAAUGAGAAAGGGUGGGAGGGUCCCCUCUAGUCUUCUAGAAUAGUGGUUCCCAAUUAGCUAUGUACUGCAGAACCCCUGUUUCUCAAACCCCAAACCAUGGACCUCCGACUUUUGAAAAUGUUGAUAUCUCUGUUUUAGUUUUUGUUAUGUGAAUGGUACCACCAUACCUCCAACAUGUCCCAGCACAAAACCAGGUCAUGUGUCUUACUACAGGAUUUCUGUGACUGUCUGCUCUAGAGAUUGGUUGAAUAGUCACUUUGUUCAUUUUAGGAAACGGAUCCAGACUUCGAUCAUUGUGCUGUUUGCAUUGAAAGUUACAAGCAGAAUGAUGUUGUCCGCAUUCUUCCAUGCAAGUAAGCCAGUAAUUCCUCUUUCCUUUUUGAGAGUGCUUUACCCUUGAAAAUAUAUGUCUUAGCUUCAUUAUCCUUUUUGUCACUCUUGGGUUCCCUCAACACAUUAGAACUUGUGUAUUAAUUUUAGGCACUUUUGUGUGCACACAAUUACCUAGUGUGGGAGAACUAUGCAAAAAGGCCUGGGUGGUGAAAGAUACUUAGUAUAGUCUGAAAAGAAAGUGGUUUGUGAAUUAGGAGAAUAGAUGUGGUGGUAGUCAAAUAAGACCAUCAUGGUACCCAUGCAGAAUUUUCUUGGUGACUCCCAAGGCGCUCAAACUGAUCUCUGAAUGAAGAUUGCACCUGUUUGUGGCCUUCAUAUUGCAGAGUACUUUCUGUAGCUGGAAAGGCCCAUCCCCUUCUACUCUAAUUGGUUGUGAAGGCAACCCCUCCUCUUUGCAGGAAAUCUUGAAAGUGCCAUGGAGGAUGUUUGAACUAGUUUGUGCAGUGGCCUGGAAAGGGAGAGGUAGGGUGGUGGCCACCACUUCUUUUAUUGCCCAGAAAGGCAUUUUAUUUUCGGAAGCAGGAGACAAAAGCAAUGGGAAUGUAUGUGGUAUCUACGUGAGAAGGAAAGGGGCUUUCUUUUUCACUACAGAACACAUAAGAAAUGCUGGAAUCUGUAAAGACUUAGACUAAAAUGUAUUUAGUGCAUUUGAAUAUUAAUACAUGAUAAAAUUAACAAUGGCAAGACAUGUUACAUAAUUACAAUGAGCUUGGAUCUCAGAUUAUUACAAAUCUGACAUCCGUUCACUUCCCUUAUUAAGUCCAUUUGGUAUUACUGUAUUUAGUUUAUAAAACUACCUGACUUCUUCCCUUCAUAAUUAUUUAAGUAUUAUUUUUCUGAUCCAUAUACUUUCUCAGUAUACCAAAACUUACAAGGAUUUGACAUCAUGCCGUUGUUCUAUAAAAUUUUUUUAACAAAUGCACCUGAAGUUUUUUAUUCUUCUUUCUGCCCUGUGUCUUCCUGUCUUUAUCUGAAUCUUUUGAGUGGUCAUCUUAAUAUAUAGCAAAGGACACAGGCAUUGAACUGCAUAAAUAACCCAGUUCAGUUCCCAUGUUCCUUGUUAUAUGCACACACACUAAAAUGGAAGAGGAACUAAAUAACGCUUUGGUAUGUGUGUGGCUGUUACUUAAAACCCCUGAAAUUGGUAUGUUCUGUACAAAAAUGUAACACAAGCAGAAGUUAUAAGUGAAAUAUGCAAUCCAUACAUUCUCAGAAGAUCUAAAUGUAGCUUUACUAUUAAGGAGUUAGUUGUACAUUAAACCCAACUCAAGGAUGAUUGCCAAUUUAUUCGAAUUCCCAAAAUAAAUUGUUCAAAAUUCCUAAUAUUUUUUCUUAUUAUGACCUCCCCAGUAUAUCUGGUGUUAAUAGUUUUGCAACUAGCAUUUGUUGUGCUGCUCUGUUUUCAGACAUGUUUUCCACAAAACCUGUGUGGAUCCAUGGCUCAGUGAACACUGCACUUGUCCUAUGUGUAAACUGAACAUUUUGAAGGCUCUGGGAAUUGUGGUGAGUCAAGUCUUAUUUAAACAGUAAGGAAUGUAGAGCUUUCCUUUCCAAAAUGAUCAUAAAUCAGUAAAGUCAGGUACGAGAGGACCAGAAUUCCAGGGUGUUAGCCAUUCUUCCUUUCUUGCAUGAAAUUGCAGUGUUCCAAUUCUAAAUAUUGGAAGCAUCCUUGGUAGUGGGUGUAAAAGGACUGUGGCAGAGGGACAGAGUGAUUGGUGUCAGCAUUGUGCAAGCACUGGGUGUCUGCCUUCCUAUUAGUAUAUUGUGUUUAGACCUACCUACUAUCCCCUCUCAAGUAUAUUUGCCUCUCACUAUUACUUUUGGAAUUGGCUCUUUGUACAAUUUAUCAUCAGAACAUCUUAUGAUGGGAUUACUGAAUCGUUUGAUUUGGAUGUGUGGCUGACAGUCCCUGUUCCCACUGGUUGCUGCUCAGCAGUAACUGCUUCUUCCUGUGAAUCACAUUUCAUCAUUGGUCACUACUGGAUGCUUGUGCACCCCUCAGAUAGCCUUCUGCAGACAUUUUACAAUAUCUCUUUUAUGAUUUUGCCAGAAGCUUACAAAAAGGAAAUAUAUUAACUUGCCAACAUUGUGUUUUCAGACAAAUGUGCCAUGUGCUGACAAUAUGGCCUUUGACAUGGAAAGGCUCACCAGAGGCCAACUAGGCAACAGGAGAUCAGUUCUUGGUGACCUUACCAGUGACACCUCACUCACUCUUGAGCCCCUGCGUACUUCUGGAAUAUCACAGUUUCCACAGGAUGGGGAGCUGACUCCAAGAACAGGAGAGAUCAAUAUUGCUGUAACUAGUAAGUGAAGUUUGGUUUUAAUUUGAGCAUUGUAGGUUUCAUGUUGCUUUCAGAUUUAUGCUCUGUUACUAUAACAUGCAUGAAAGUUUUCUAUUAGUUUUAAGUGACAGUGAAAAAGACUCAUAUUGAACAUCAAGACAAUGAACUUGGAAAUAGCUUUGGCAAAAUCUUUUUCAAAAUUAAUUACCAAGUAAGAAAAUAGAUUAUACAAGUCAAUUAUUUAAAUGGCUAACAGUUAAAAUGGGUAAGUAUUUUAACAGUUUUCCCCGUCAGUGAAUUAUGUUUGCAAAUCAUAAUGGCUGGAUCUAGAAAUUUAGUAGAUUGCUCCAAUUACAUUUGCCAUCUUUUUAUAAUUAUUUUUGGGCUUGAUGCAGUCUUCAAACAGUUUAUAGUUUGAGUGCCAUCAGAAAAUCACAUAUGCCAAUUGUUUAUGAAAAUCAUGUAUGCCAAUUCAACAAUCUACCUGUGAACACAACCUUGCAUUAAAUGAACUCUGGAACAGUGAUCUGUGUUGAGCUAGCUGUUUGGGGUAUGAUUUAGGCAAAAAAGAACACAUAGUACCAGGUCCUAAAAGCUAAAGAACCCUUACUGGAUAUAUAAAUAAGAGUUUUGCUUCUGAUUCUGUUGCACAGUCUAAGCCCCAGACAAACGGUGUAGUCCUUACUUUGUUCAAUUCAGCUGCAACUCAUCAAGGGUAGAACUUUCAUAUUUCCUGGUGCUAAGCAUUGUUUGGUCUGCCUCAUGAUCAGUAGCAACACAUGGCUUUUCUUUCUUGCUGCCUAGCAGGCCUGUGCAGAGCUUGUCUGAGGCCUGGGGUGGAAUAAAAAAGCAGUCGGUCCCUGCCUGGGGCCCCUGGCCAGCUUAGUCCUCUGAGGCCUAGGGCAAGUGUAUCUGCUUGCCUCCGCCCCGCCCCGCCCUGCAUGGGUCUGCUGCCUAACAGACCAGGUAAAACUAUUUUAUGGGGGAAAUGCAGUAUGCACUCUGACAAAUAAGGAUGAAAGUUUAUUUUAGUCCUCUAUUUGCAAACUUGAUGGUUAUGUGAAGUUUUACUAACUAAAUGUCUUUCAUACACUAUAAAUGAAUUGGUGGAACCUGGAGAUAUGUGGGAACACCUGAGCAGAAGCACUUGCAUAUUAUUUGACCAGUAACUAAGAGAAAUGUUUGGGCCAAUGUGAUAUAUACUACCACUCUGUAGUUUGGGAGACUGCCAAUUUUGACAAAAGAGCUGGGUUUGCCCCUAACAUUCCCCAUACGUCCCACACAUUUAUUUAAAAACUUCAGGCAUGGAAUUAGUGCUAGCAGGCUUUGCUUUGUUAUAUUCCCUCAGAAGUUGGGUUUGAGGUGUUAUCAUAUUGCUAUGUGUGAAGAAUUUCAUUUGUCAGUAAAAUAUCCCUCAUGGAAAUUGAGACUUACCAUUGAAUACUUUCUACAGUCCUGGUUCUAUAAUCUUAAAGUGGGAUAGAUAUCUUAUAGUGACUUUGACCAUCUUGAGAAUGAGCAGUGGUAAUGCCACCAACCCUGUUGUUGUUGGUUUUGAUUAUUGCUUGCAGGCCCAGAACAUGUCUAAGAAUGGAUUGACAACUCUUUUUCAUUGACCGGAAAGACUUAUUUAAUAUUCAUAACCACAUAACUGUGCAUUUAACAUAGGUUAAAUCUCAGUGUACAAAUACUGCUGGUUGCGAGAAAUACACAUGUACAGCUAUAUAUACAACUUCAAAAACAAGCAUAUUAACUUGGCUUGAGUCCUGUUGCUUUUCCAGUCAUUUAAAAUGGAGAUCAUGAUAAAGGAGAAGAAAUUCAUGCAACAUUUCGAGCACUGUCAUCUGAAAACUUUUCUGAUUUGUUUUCGUUUGUGUACACUGCACACAUUCCUAUGCCACAAAAAAUUAAAAUCAAGGAAUGCACCUAGUUAGAAAUGAUGUCCAAAACAAUCACAUUCCUUUAAAAAAAAUUAAGAUGUACUUUUGUGUGAUAUUUUUAGACUAAAAUUCUAUUUCAUUUUUUAUUAUUAAUGACUCCCUGCUGAAUUCUACCUUUUAAAAGUGCUAGAGCACUUUAUUUGCGGAUAAAGGAGUGGAAGAGAUGAUACAGGGUCUGUGUGUGUGCUGUCAUAUUUCUUUUAAUACAGGUCUCAUUUGGAAAUAGACUUAUUCCUUAACUGCAGGUAAAAUUUUUGCUUAUGCUUUCCUUAUUUUGCAUUUUACUUUGAUCAGUCAUUUAUCAUUAAUGUCUGGACUCUGUGAUCAAUAUUAUUGUAUCAUUCCUCUUUUUCUCACUUCUCCUCAUAACCUUGUUUGCUGGCCUUCUCCAUUUAGUACCUUCUUUGCCUUCUGCUUUCCUCUGGAGCUUCACUUCCUGGUGCCCCACAUGAGUAGAAUUAUUGUCUUCUGCUUCUGAUCUUUGAGGGCAGUUGCCAUCGAUUUGACAUAAGCCUUCUUCCACGAGUGAUUUCCUCCCUUUCCUUUGUCAACAGAAGAAUGGUUUAUUAUUGCCAGCUUUGGCCUCCUGAGUGCCCUUACACUUUGCUACAUGAUCAUCAAAGCCACAGCUAGCUUAAAUGCUAAUGAGUAAGUAAAUGUUCAGAUUGUGAGUGUGCCUACACAUACGGCAGCAUUGUAAAGAAAUGAUGAGUUGAAGAAUUAGAAGGAAGGAGAUCUGGGAAACAUCCAGAAUACAGCGUUCUUUUACUAAGUUGCAAUAUCAGAUUGUUAGAACAUCUGAGGAUAGGUUUUCCAAAGGGAGGGUACAUUUUUUUUUUAAGGGGAAGAUGCGUUAUCGUUCAAUUUUACUUUGUAUUCUGGCACUCCUGCUUUUUAUUCAUUUUGUGUGUGCAUAUGCGCGCAUUGCACUCCUUGUUUGGUUAAGUUUAUAUUAGCAAGCUUACCAUUUAAGGGAGAAUUGUAAGGAUCAUUGCCUAUAUGGACUUGAGUGAACAAGCCUAGAUAGUGCCUGUUCAGAUUUAGAUAACUGAAUGUUAUUUAUUUGUCUAGGAAUUAUAUUCAGGAAGUAUAUUCCAAUAGGGAAGCUUAAGGGAAAUGCCAUAGAGAGUAGUAAGGAUGCUAUUUUUUAUUUAAUAUUUUUCUUCUGCUCCCAGAGAACCAAGAGCAGCUUACAAUGAAAAAUACAAUAAAACAAAUAAUUUUUAUCACUAAAACACAAAUUUAAAAACAAUUCCUGAUAACAAUUUAAAAGCAGCAAUCAAUGAAGAAUCAAGUUAAGGUUUAGUGCUGUAUGUUUUUAAAUAGUUGUUGAAAGGAAAACUUUUUUUAGCUUAUGUUUAGAGGAGAGUCUCUUGAAUUCCUGAUUCCAGCGCAGUGUUAUCACCAAGCAAGUGCUGGCUUGUGUAGUAUGAUGUGCACGAGUUUCCUGCAUUUGUGCACAGCCUCUUUGCUCCCACUUCAUUUAUUUCUUUGUGCAAGCUGGGAAACAAAUCAGGAAACCAGAGUUAACCAGAGUUUCCUGUUACCUGCAAACUGGAGAAGUUAUGGUUAACUGUAGAGUCUUUGUUUCCUUACUCACAUAAAGAGACAAGUGACCUGAAGCAAAGGGGCUGUGUACAAGUGCAUGAAACAGAUUAAGCCUGAAUUUGUGCAAACACAGCCACUGAAUCUUGUGUCCGCCAACCUAAUGGCCUGAGGUAAUGGCACAGAGAGCAGGGCUUCCAAGGCACAACUCAAAGGUUUAUAUGGAAACUAACUAUCCUUGAGAUAGCCUGGUCUAAGAUUGUUUAGGCAGAUAAAGAUCCAACAAUGAUGUACAUCCUACAAGAAGUGCAGCUUAAGGACGAGAAUUUAGAGUGAACUAGGGGUGCACCAACAUAUGUGUACUUAGUAACUCCUGGUCCUGUGAUCAGUUUGCUGCAAGUAAGGAGGACAAAUUAUGCAGCAAACAUAUAUUUGCAAGCAAAUGUACAUUAAUAAAUUAUGGUUCUCACUACAUGUGGUGAGCAGCAUGAACACAGAGCUUGCUCUCGCACACUGCCCCAUGAAGGAGGUAUAUAGGCUACAUAUUUUACAGUAAUUGACUAGUUCACCAGCACCCUGGUCUGGAAUAAUCUUACAACUUACUCAUGUAGCAUUUUGGUUGGCUACUUUCAUAUUUCCAAAAAGAGACUGGAAUAUUUUUUAGGGAUUUCACACAAUAUUUCCUACUGGUGAUAGCUGCAUUAAACUAGAAGGUUCCUCCUAGAUUUUUGUAUCUAAAAGUAAAAAUGAUGCUUGCAUAAAUGGAUACUACAGAUAUCCAAAACCACUUUCAGUCAUUACUUCAUGCUGGAACAAGAUGUGCAGGUUUCCAACAUAGCGCCCCAUCUCUGAUCUUUUGGGUGGAGGAGAUGCAGAGAUUGUAUUUUGGACAUGACACAGUAUAAUAGGAAGCGGGAGAAUUUGUAUAUUGUGUUCACGUACAGUAUUUUUCUUUAUUUCACCCCCCCCAAAAGGUGUAGUAAAUAAAUUAAACCUAGUGUGGAGGUCAAGGUGGUAGCUAGAAUUCAUAAUUUAUUUCCCAUUUUUAUGAACCAUCUAUUUUAACUGUAAUAUCUAUGGAUUUGCCACUUGUGAAAAAGGAAUAGCUGUAUGCCUUCCUUCCCAUUGACUGAAAGCACUAGCAAGUUGUUUUUAUUCUGCUCAUAAUUUAUUUUGAACAUUUGUGCAUUAAACAGCAACAAUAAAAUAUUACUGAUAAUCUCUUUUACUUUCCCACAGAACUGAAUGGUAUUGAAGAAACACUUUGACUAAUCGCUUUGGAGAGAGAGCGGCCUAUUUUUAUGUAUCAUUUCUUGAUCAUGUAACACAAGCAUAUGUUUUGUACAUUCUAUUUUCAUAAUUUGCUAAUGCUGAAGCUUUGUAUUACAAAAGACUCAAUAAAAGGUCAAUCAUAAAAAAUUAUUCUGAGAUUGAAUUUUAUUAUACGCUUGUCAGUGGAAAGUGGUCCCCCCACCCCCAAUCCAGUGAAUGUUUCCACCUAGUUCUGUUAAAUGUAUGGACAUGUAUCAGAUUUUGAUCUUAUACUUCUCCUGUAAAUUCAAGGCUUAGUUCCUUGAACUAAAAGUUAACACAGAAGUUUGCAGGAGGAAAGUUUUAGGUCCCUUCCUUCUGCAAGCAUGCCUGCUCUUCUGCAGAAAGCUGCUCUGAAAAGUCAAGAAGGCCCUCUUAAACAACAUGAGAUGUAGACCCUCCAAGUGUCCCUAUUUUCCAGGGACAGUCCUGGAUUUGCAGAAGCCAUCCCAGUUUCUGACUUGAUCCUGGAAUGUCCUGCUUUUCCUUAGGAUGUCCCUAUUUUCAUCAGAUAAAUGUUGGAGGGUAUCAAAUAGGAUAUCCUUAUUUUCAUCGGAGACAUGUUGGAGUGCAGGCCUGGUGCUGCUGCAGAGAGGACGAACUGCCUAAAAUUGAGGUUGGAUCCUAAGAUAAGUUAACUUAUCUAAGAGUAAAGUUUCCCAUUCUUUCCCUCUUCUAGUACCCCACCAUGUUCCAUUUUAUAUUAUUCAGGAGGGCCCUUUGAUCUUCUACAGCAGGCAUCCCCAAACUUGGCCCUCCAGGUGUUUUGGGACUAAACUCCCAUCAUCCCUAGCUAACAGGACCGGUGGUCAGGGAUGAUGGGAAUUGUAGUCCCAAAACAUCUGGAGGGGGGAGUUUGGGGAUGCCUGUUCUACAGAGUCUUUUCAGAAGUCUGAGGGUAGCAAACAUUCCUUCUGUGCACUUGCUUAACUUAGUAUACAAGCCAAAGCUAACCUAUAAAUUAGAAAAAGGCAUUCACUUUAUGGAUUUCCACGAAACACUAACGCAAAUGGGAAGCAGUUCUUGCUAAAGGAAGGAGGGCUUGAUUUCUGCUAAUCCCUUGUUCCAGCUCCCUGUAUCGUAUCUUGAUAAUGCUCUGAAGGUAUCUCAGUCCUCAAGGGUAGCUUUUUGGGGGUUGUAGUGGAAAAGAAGAGGUGAGCAAUCGCCUUUCCAUAAGUGAAACUCCUCUUGCAAUAUUUGGGACUUAAAUAAUUAUGACUCCAAAUUUGUUCAGAGAUUACAACUGGAAAUACCAGGUGUAGGAUAUAUACUGUUUUAUAGCUACAUAAACAUUUAGCUUGUGUUAUUUCAUUAUUAUUAUUCUCAUAUAUAGCUUCAACAACAUGGCAUCCUCAUGGUUUUGUCUUCCGUUUCUCAUUCCUUAAUACUUCUGCAUAUAAAGAAUGGCAAUUGUGGUCUGUUUUUAGAUAAGUUAUUACAAAAUCUAACACUUGAACAACCUAAAUUACCUCAGCUCUCUGCUGUUCGAAAAAAUAUUCAGGAAAAGAAGAAAUUGUCUGGUUAGAUAGCUUUCAUUGUUGUUGGGGUUAAAUAGAGUGUUUGGCAAAAACAGGAUGUAUCAAUAAAGGAAUAGGUGUAUAGUGUAUAUAGGUAUACAUGCAUUUAUACAUACUCUUUUCUCUCUUGACUUUUCUCCUGUGGCAUUGGGGAAAAUGCAUUGGGUGGGUGUUGCGAGCAGGCCAGGAAUUCGGGCAGCUGAUUUGGGGCAAGAAUAUCCAGAUCCAGUGGCCCUUUGGAAUCACUGGCUGCAUCGCGAUCAACUGGGCAGGAUUCUGCUCCUCCUGCAGGGAGACCUCAGUUUCAGGGUGUGGCACAGCUGCCCCUGACAAUUCUAAAUUUAACUUUAUCAAAGAUGGGAAACGAAAUUUAUUUAAAUAAAAUUUACUCCUUCCAACCACCUAAUUGUCCCUUCUCUGCUACUUCUACAUCACAAAUUAUUCUCUAAGGGAAUCAACACUGAACACUAAUGUGAAAGUGUGUUCAGCUAUUGUGAUUGGAAAUGAAUGGUGUAUAGGAUUGCUUCCACAGCAAGCUCUUCCAUUUCAAAUCGGGUCAGUGACACAAAAUCUCAUGUCCCUGCUGCUUUUUUAGUAGUAGUGGUGCUUGCUUGCACUUCCAAGCCAUUGAACACAGCACAUUCUUCUUCUUUUCUCAUAGAGUAAGAAUCAUUCAGCUCUUUAUAAAGAAAAUCCACAGUGGCCUUGUUAGUGAAUGUAGAGCUGUUGGGCUCUUGAUUUCCAGCCAAAAGCUAAUGUCAGACUUAAUGAGAUUGACUAUUGAAUCAGGCAGACAAAAAGGCAUAAGCUGGCCAAAGCCAGAACCUUUUGUGUUUUUGUUCAAUCAAAGUUUAACCUACUUUUGAAUUUAGUACUGUGUUUAAUUAAAAUAAGCCAGUUUGCAUUUCUAGCUAUCAAAAAGGGAGCUGGCGUUCCUUUUUUUAUGAUGCUUUUUAAGAAAUAUUGGGGCUGGGGAUUUAAAAGUACUUCUUGAACUUGGGAAAGCAGCCAACAUCUAUAUUAAAAUAGUAGCUUAAUUUGUAGCUGUCAGGAAACCGUCAGCUGAGAAAGCAGCUUUUAUUAAUUAGAAAUGAAGUGUGUUAAAGUUUCCAUAAUAGAAUAUUUCAAAAUGUCUUUGAAACGUUCAGAGAAAUGACACAAAUAAGGAAGUGACUUUGCUUUAGAAAAUGUGAAAAAGUCAAAUUGAGGAGGAAGGAAGAACCACGUGAAUUUUCAAAACAUUGUUUUGCCUUUUUUUGUUUUGAAAAGCUGAAAAAACGGGUUCUUUGUAUGUUGAAUGCCUGCAUGUAAAUUUUAUUAGCCAGUUUUGUAACAUUUGAAACAGACCUCAUGAGCAUAGUGAACCUGGUCAGUUCUUUCUAGAUUUCUGUUUUGUUCAUUACAUGUAGUGAAGUUGCUGUGCUAGCAAACAAAUAAGCUAAGAAUUUUUAAAUGAACGGGAGGAGGGGGAAAUGUAUGUAGGUUAGUCAUUUUCUUGUCUCUUGAUAUGGGCUUGUCUUGUGAAACCCAGUCAAAAGGCAAGAGAACCUUCAAUCUGCAAGGCAACAUGUCCUUUACUAGGCUCCAUUUCCGGCAAUUGGAGUUGCAGGGAGAGGCUAUAGUUAUAAGCAAGCUUCAGGUUGCUUUAAGGCAACAGAAUAAGCACAUAACACAUGUGUUUGCCUUCCUCAUGCUAGUAACAGCAAGAUUUGAUGACAGCUUUUUCUUAGUGCACUCUGAGAGUAGGCAUAUAGUCUUCAUCACAGAGAUCAGGAAAAUUGAACCAAUUUGUUGUCAAAAAGCCCAUGGCUGUGUUUAAAUUUAGCCCAUACUGCUGCUUUCACAGCAGUGAGAAGCAAACCUCUGAUCGAAAUCAAUUUAAACUGUCAGUCAACUAACUGUAGCAGAAAUCUGUUUUUUCCAGCAUCUUACUACAGUGAUGUAAGCAGCUUCUUUGCGGGGCCUUGGGUGGGUGGGGGGAAUACUAAGGUAAAAGUUUGGAUGAGAGGGAUGGUAGAAAUGUCUUGGAAGCUUACAACGAAUUGAUGAAUACAGAGCAAUGUGGGUGAAAUGACCUAAAUAACAAAGAGGAAAGUGUCAAGGAUUUCCUAACAAAAAUGGACAGCCUGUGUUGAAGGAAAUGAAUGGAGAGAGAACUUGAUAGGCAAAUGUGACACGAGGCAGACCUGAAACCAGAUUAUUGAACAGAUGUAAAAGGAUAGAAUGGUAUUAAUAUUUAACACUUAGAAAACACCUAAACUUUUAAGCGUUAUACAUAUGUUUAAAGAUAAGACUGUCACUGCCUGCCUUAUGAUCAUGGGCCAUCUGCCUGGUGUCUGGGAAGGGGCAAAGUGUGCUUCUGCAGUCCCAAGUAACAGGCAGUUGGAGCAAAAUAUUCUUUCAUGCAGGGUUGCGGGGAGCAUUCCCUCUGCAGUUGUUCAUACUGUGACCGAUGAAAGAGAUCUGGAUACAUUGCAGAAGUUCUAUUUUCCAGGUGUCUAAUAUGUAACAGCACUGACUGCUUGCUGCGCAAAACACAAGUGGCACUCUUCUGCACACAAGCCUUGCAGCCCUUCUUGGCAACUGUUUCAUACACAGGCUACCUUGAAUUUUAUUUUAUUUUAUUAAAUUUGUAUACUGCUCUUCAGCCAAAGAUCACACCUACAUGCCAUCAGCCGAGAGUUUAUUAAACCUGUAGUAUUACAAUGUCCAUACAGAAGUAUGCAAUGGUUUUAUUACUGGAAAAAGAGAGGUCUUUCUAAUUUUCCAAAAAUUCACAUAGCUCAGAUGGUUAAUUUUUUAAAAAAACCUGAUGUUUCUUUUGCAUUUCUGUGACCUUGGUAUAAAAGUAGAUUGAAAUGCGUGAACUUUGUUGUUAGCAGAGUCGCUUCGUUUUUUCUGCCUCGUUCCUAAUAGGAUUCUUUUUAUUGUUGCUUCUUUCCUAGGUGGCCACUUCUUUCACCGUAAUUCCCUCUCUCCUCGGAGCCUGGUUUAUGAGAACGACUUCUCUUCCAUUGAACCUGUCUUGGACAUGUAUGAUGAGAACAAGACCUGAAGGGGAUCUGCAUUCUUAUUGCUUUGCUCUCUUUCCCCUUUCCUUUUCCGUUUCUCAUUCCUAUUGUUGUGUACUCCUUCCAUGGGUGUCCUUUGUCUGAAGAAGAGCUGCCUUUUCCAGAACAUGUGCCUGGCUGCCAGGCUGCAAAGGUGAAGCUCAGCUGAGGCAAUAUCCAAGGAUGACAUCUGUAAACGGAUGAAGUGUGUGCACAAAGUCGGCUGUUGGAGGUUGCCGAGUGACCAAGUUGUCAUUAGCAGUGCCAGCGGGAUGGUGUUGGUAUGCUAGAGGUUUUGCCCUACUCUCAGUUUUAAUUUUGUACAACAGUCACCUCUCUCGAGUAGGCACAUGAUAUUUCUCUUCUUUUUUUUAAAAAAAAAAAAAGUUGCAGUGUUUGCCAGCUUAGUUGCCUGAUGGAGGAGGUGGUAGGCUACAUGCCCAAAGCGCUCCAGUUAUUCUUCAUUCUAACCUUGAUCUUACACUGAACAUCCCCAUUCCAAAGGGAUCUAUGAGAAAUGUAUUAAUGUUCCAGCUUUCCAUUUAACAAGCUGAUGGCAGAACUAGCCAACGUUACAGCAGCAUUACAGCCUGCAAUAUUCGUACAGGAUUUUUCAGGGGUGGGGGAUGAGGGUUCCUACUUCAUUGCUGCGGUUAAAUAUGAACAAAAGCUGCUUAGAAAGAAUGCAAAAAAACAAACAAAAACAGCCAUUUUUACAGCCUUCCUGCUGAAGGAAUCUCAGACUGAUGCUGCUGCUGAAAUUUAUAAAACCAAUAUUUGAUCUUUAGAUGGUUAAGACUUCUUAAGAAGAACCCAGGAAUCAGAAAUAGGUUAUUGCUUGUUUUUUUAAAAGGUGUGUACUUUUUCACUCUGAUUUUUAAAAAGCCACUUACGUUGGUGUUACAUACUGAAAGAACUGGAAGCAUCCUUCAUACAUUUUUACCUGAGAUAACUAAUCAUAAAGCAACAAACACUUUUCUGAAGCUACACCUGUUCCAGAGGACAUCAACAGUAUGAAUCCAGUAUGGAGGAAAUGCAGUUGCUACUUUGACAUCUAGGAGCAAAUCCAUAUUUACUAGAAUGGGACAGUGGCUGUAGGAAAUAAACUUUCCAACUGAUGCAAAAAUGGACAGCUAAAAGAACAAAGACUAUAGGGUGUGUUUUUUUUAAGUAGUUGGCAGUGUUGCUUAAGCAAAAAAUAGCAAUUCAGAACAAAAUUAUGCGAUGGUGCAUCUAAAGUAGCUUUUCCUACUGUGGGUGCUGCAUAAAAUGUAACAAUUGAGAAUAGUCGCCCCCCCCCCAUUGCAAAUCUGAGCUGCUGUAGAAAUAGAAGUGGUAUGCUUGUAGUGUGGACACUUAAUGCUCUUAUGAAUCUUGAUUGUUGAAGAAAUUGAAAACCAAAAGAAAAGGUAAGGAAUGUUGCGUGGGUGUCUCGUUCCAUUCAGGCAGCUUACAGAUGAAAAAUGUCUUGUUUUUCUCCUGCAGAAAGCGGGCUUUCACAAGAUCUCUCCUGCCCUGAAAUGUUGUGAUGCUGAAAGUUUUAUGCAAAGACUUGAAAUUAGCUCUGUGAAGCUAAGUGUUUCUUCGUUAGCAGGAAUGCCCUUUCUGUGUUGCUGAGAUGGCCAUAUUGUGUGUCUGAUCAUUCUUAACUGGGUGAUACAGAGCUUAGGGACUUAGCACUGGCAGCCGUUUUGUUUGUUAUAUGUGCCAGGUAAGUUUUAAUGUACUCCACUGAACUGUGAGAGAUUCUUUACAAAAUCUAUUUAAAAGCACAGUCUUGAAGUAUUGUGAAUGAAAGUUAGAUGAUUUAGUGGAGAAGAUCAGUAAUACUGAUUACAUGAUUACAAUGAUAUUAUUUAAAUGGACACACAAAGUCUAGCAUUCAUUUUUCCUUUUACAAACUGCCAAUACCAUACACUUCUCUGAUGGCAAGAAAGCAUCUUAUGAAAGAAGUGUAUGUAAAGUGCUCUCGUAUUGCAGAGUUUUUAGUGCAUAGCUAGAAUCUUGAUUAAAAAACACCUAAAACAGGUUCUGCCCCUGCCCAAUCCCUUUUAUUAACUAUACAUCUGCAAUUAUUCACAUGUAAUAAAUCACAGUAGUUUACCUGAUUUUAAAAUUUUAACUAGCUGAAGUUAAUUUUAAAACUGAACUGUUACUGAACUUUACUGAAUUCUUACAGCCAUAACAUUGAAGUAUUUAAGACUGGGUGUUUGGCAGGAUUUUGUGGAAUGUUCAAAGGUCACUGUGUAGGCCCAUAGCCUGAAAGGCAAUAAAAUAUAUUAACUGGAUAAACACUUAGAAAAUGCUAAUUGGAAGCAAAAAUACCAAUAAUUCUUUGUGCACAGAGGGCCCAUUCCAGAGAAAAUGUAGUUCAAUCGGUGGUUGAUUUCAAUGAGAUUUAAGUGUAAUUACAUUCCUUUGUAUUUGCAUUUUGACGGGUGAGUGGUAAUAUCAUAGUCAUGUUUUUAACAGAUUCAGGCCACUAUUUUAACCAAAUUUAUACCGUUUUUAGAAGAUCCAGGCUUCUCCUCCUCCUCCUCCUAACGUAAUGGAUUUUCAAGUUGGAAUGGAUUUUCAAGUUCUAUAUAGAUGAAUAAGGCAACUUAUGAUUUAGGGCAUUGUUUGCUAGAUAUAAACAAUGUUUGCUCUCCAAAUCAAGGAGAGAUCUAUUGUUUGAAUACAUACAGCUGCUGCUAUAGAGUCAGAUCAUUGGCUCCUCUAGCAUCAUAUUGCCUGUUCUGGCUGCCAGCUGCCCCAAAUCCCAGGCCUGCUGCCCCAAAUGCUUUAAAAUAGAGGCGCUACCAUGGAUGAGUUUGGUAUCUUCUGCAUGCGAAACCUAUGUUUUAUCACUGAGCUAUGCUCUGCCCUCUCUCGUUUCUAGAACAUGAGGCAGGGCAAUCAGAAUUCAGUGAACUACAGCUGGCCACUACACUAAUAUUUCUCUUUGGUAUCUGAGGCAUUGGUGGCAGUGCCUGAAGCUAAGAAAAUAGAGCAAUGAAAGGGAAACAUGGAAGCCUUAAACAAACUGUAGUUACUAUUGAGUUAUCUGUCUGACUCAGAAUGUUGCGCCCUACUGCGGCCGUCCAACAUGUCUUGGCUCAUGAAGAACCUUGACAGUUGCCACUGGAGCAUAUUCUGUGUCCUGAUAACUUGGGAAUAGGCAGCAAUCAAGAAAAGCCUUCAAUUGUAGCUUUUCAAAUGUGGCUUUUGUCUGAGCUGUAAAUUGUAGUAUCCCUCUGAACAAUAAAAGCAAACAAACCAGCCCCCAGAAGGCAAGAAAGCACCCUUUGGAAAAGCCUAGUGCUGCUUAAACUUCAAUGAUUCCUUAAAUAGAUGUCAUCAAGAUUGGGCAUCCUUCCCCUAUAAAUCUUCCAAACAUAAAAUAUUUUGCUAUCUUGAGAGAGAAUGCAGUAGGGGGUUGAGCUCUAAUUUAAGUAUUAUGUAUUGCCCUUUAAGAACAAUGGUGGCUUACGUUCAGGGGCAUAUAUUUUAUCUUGACAGUAUCAUUCACUCUUUUAUUUAGCCCAAGAUGGGUUUUUUUAAAAAAUAAUAAUCAAGAUUUCUGAACACAGGUCAGACCAUGAUGUGAGCACACAUUGAUUCAUUCUCAAGACUAGAAUGUUUGUACAUAAUCAGCCCAAAUUUGGGGUGGGUAGGGUGGGAUUGAGAUGGAUUUGGUCUUGUGAACCUACUAUUUUGCCAUUGACACUGUUGUGAAAAACAGUAUUUUUAAAAUAAAAAGACAACUGGGGAAAUCGGCAUGUACAUAAACACAAGUUUUAAAACUCCCAUCCUGCUUAUAUUUGGCUACACUCCAAGCAAAAAAACAGCUUGCAUAGUUUUUAAAUAUGUUUAUAUUACAUGUGAAAUGGCUGUUCAGUCUUCUCACUUGAAAAGUGCCGCAAAUACUUAGCCCAAUAUAAGAAUUGUGCUAUACAUGUUUUUUUUCUUCAGAGUUUAUCCCAUGUAAGGAAAAAAAUGUGAGAAAGUGGCUCUUCCAAAAGGGAUUCUUCAUGUGCCUUGCCAUCCAGCAUUGCACAAGUACCCUUAGCCAACUACAGAGACUGGGUCCUGCUCUGCAACUUUCUAGAGAGCAUGCAUUUUAUUAAUAUCUGGGUGUGGCUACUUAUUAUAGGUAACACAAAAACAGGUAAUGCAGGCAUGGGGGUGGGGCAUGUCUGUUUCUAUAUUUAUUACACUCCCAAAGAUUUCAAGCAGUUCAUUUGAAAGAUUAGUUAAUUGCACACAUCCUUGCUCAAUGUUUCCCCCCUAUAUGUGUAUGAUAACUAAUUUACCUAGUUAAAAAUGCAUUUUAGCAGAUGUAGUACUUAAGACUUAUAUUGUUUUUAUUAUCUAAUUCCCUAACUGUCGCAUUGUUCAAGAACUGCACAGGUAUGUAGAGGCUAUACUAUUACAAGUAAAGUAAACUGUGGCUCAGUUGAUAGAAGCUAUCCUUUUCCUGUUACUUUUCUGGGGUUUAUUAUUGCAACUGGAGGAAAUUGUAGCAAUGAUAGACUGUGGUCUGGUCCACACACUUAACAGGCAUUUUCGCAUUGUGGAGCAGACAUGUACUCUUCUCACCCACCGCAUAACACCACGCAUCGCAUAUAGCGAACAGUUCACUAAAAGGCCCAAAUUUCACAACUUGAUUUCACAAGCCAGUUUCACAUGAUUUCCCCUUGCCUCUGCAUGAGACACUUUGUCUCAUCUUACGUUCAUGGGGCAGGGGUGGGAGGGAGAGGAGGGAUAGUUAUAUGGCAUGUCAAGUCAUAGAAUCAUAGAGUUGGAAGGGACCCUGAGGAUCAUCUAGUCCAACACCCUGCAAUGCAGGAAUAGGCAGCUGUCCCAGAUGGGGAUCAUACCUGCAACCUUGGCAUUAUCAGCACCACAUAACCAACUGAGCUAUCCAGGCUGAUAUGCACCUUCUUCUCCAGUAUAUUCACAGGAUUGAGGGCUAAUAUAUGAACAAGACCAUUAUCCACAAACUGUUUUUAAAAGGUGUGCGUGUAUUAAAAGCCUGUUUCACUUGUAAAUUCCUAGGAGAUAGGCACGCACAAUUAAGACUAACAGCCCUAAGGAAAUGCGAUUUUUAAAAAUAGGAAUAGGAACCAUACACAUACAAAUAGACUGUUGCAGUGAGGGCAAAAAUGUGGGUAAAAGAGUAACUUUGGACAAAUGGUUUGUUGAUUUAGGAGUGCAAAUACUUUAGUUAGGCAGAAUAGUAACCCAUGGACAUAUCCACCCUACAAAUAAAUGAAAGUCUGUUUUAUACCACUAUUGCCACCUUUGUGCCAGAAAGAGAAGGGUGUAUUCAAUCUAGCCUGGACUAAAAAUAAUCAUUGACUAAUGCAAUCAGCAAAGUGUGUGAGCAUGGAAAACGAUAGUAAAAGUUGGUGCCUUCCCACUUUUAAAGAUGAGCAUUUUUAUCUAUUCCUGGAAUUUAGACAGCUAGUGUUCUUCCUUCCAUAGGCAAACCACUUUCCCUUGGCAUCUGUGUUUUUAUUGGUUGUGAUAAAGUAAGCUGGUAGGCUUGUUUUGCACAAUUUUAGAGCUGGAAGAUCAUAAGGCAUCUAAUCUACUCCUGAAUAAGUGUAUUUACAUAUAAACUACCGUUAAAAAUAUUUCUCUAACCUUGUUUAAAAAUGCCCAGUGACAGAGACUCCCUUAGUAACUUGUUCCAUUCAUUGUUGCUUCCUAAUUAUUCCUCCUACUUAAUAAUUUCCCUUGCUCACUUUCUGAUUCAUGUUCUAACUUGUGUGCCACACCCUCCCAUACCCAAUAAUACUGUUUUUCACAGUAGUUAUGAGUCCAUCUCUAUCCAGAGGGCAUAGCAACAUAUUUAAAACAUGUAGGCCUAUACAAAGACUCUGUUUUCGCAGUAAGACUGCAUUGAUGUGCCCUAUGUGAAUUUACAGAGAUUAAACAAAGUAACUAAGAAGCAUCUGCAUCAUGGUUCUAUGACGUUCAGUUGUUUACAGUGACAUCUAGUGGGGAAGAAGGGGGUAAAUGAGCUCUCCAGGCAUUCAUCUGAUGUUUAAACAAUGAAAACUCGUUGAGUCCUAUUGUAUGGCCUACAUAGGAAAGAAAAACAGAUAUAUAGCAACUUUUCAAGCAGACAAUGCUGUAUCUCUCCCCCCCCCUUAACCUUUUCUUCAACUGACCUAUUAUUUGGUGAAAUCAGCAUAUUAUGGAUGGCCUUCUACUAGGUGCUAUUGGGGUAAAUGAAGUAGGCAUAAUCCUUUCUGUACAAAAUUUAGCAGCUAACAAGAGAGUAGUUUGGUUUUAUUGUUCCUUUUUCAAGCUGUACUUCGCCUGUAAAACAUUUGCAGUUAGAAGGCUUGUCUACCCUCCUGUCACUCCCAUAUGUGUGGAAAGGGCUUCACACCCUCUUAGAUUGUAUUUAUUUAUUGCAGUUGAUUGGUGCAGUCAAAACUGUAUUAUAGUUGUACUGAAGCAGCACAACUGCACUAAUGGGUAGUGCAGUUGUACCAAGGAUAGCUGCUUCUCUUCAAAACAGUGCCACUUGAACCACACAGCCUGUUUUUGGCAGUGCUCCGUUUGUAAAGCUUAUCCUAGUAUAUAGUUGCAGUGAUGGGGGGGGGAGCUGCACCUCUUGAGUUCCCUUCUGUCACGUGGCUAUUUAAAGCAUAGGUUCCCUGAUAUUUCAGCUUAGACUGCAGAGGGAUGACAUCAGUUGAAAUUGACCUGCAGUAAACUAGCAGUAUGUAAACUCAGAUUUUACUGUGUUCUGAAACUGGCACAAUUAGCAGAAUGUACAUGAUGUAUUGCUAUUAGCACACCUGUGCAUUUGCUAUAGGAGGGGCUUAGCUCCCUUUCCUAUCAGUUCAGUAAAAAGAUGAUGAUCUGGUGUGGGAUUCACAUGCACCAGGCGGGAAACAAGUGAGUUUUUGAACAGGAAAUAUCUAGUUCCAUCCAAGCGCUAAACAAGCAAGUUAUGUUCAAUGCUUCUGUUUCCUCAUAUAUAAUAUGGUAAUAAUACCUACCUCACAGGAAUAGUGUGAGACUUCAUUCAUUAAUAUUUAUUAAGAAUGGCAAGCUUCUUGCAUGGAUGGUGCUAUGUAAAUGCUUACAUGUUUGUUCGCUUGUUUGCUUAUAUAUCUUCCCAGUUUUCCCUGUAGAUGUCAGGCCCUCUGGGGUGCUGGACCAUGUUGGCUAAAGCGUUGUGAUCUGUUAUUGUAACUGUACUCUGAUUGUCUGCCUCUCUUUUUAUUAUUUAGUGUUUGUUCACUUAUGCUUGAUGGGCGAUGCUUGUAACUCUCCUAAAUGUUAUUUCUUUUGAUGUAUCCAGACAAUAGAAUACAGUGGAAUGGCAUUGUAAAGGGAGGAUCUGCUGACUCACUAAAUUGGCGUACUCCCAGUGAGUUCAGAAUGUCUACGCUAGUAUAAAGGGUCAAUGAUUCUCCCGUUAGAAUUGCCAGUCAUGUCAAUGAUGGGAUUUUAGCAAAUGCCAGCUAUUGAAGUUGUGUUCCAUCAAGCACCUAGAUUGCUAAAACCAUGUUCUUAUUAUGUUGAGAUCUGCUCAAAUUAUGGGGGGAAAGAAGAUAGUGGUCCUUUAUAAAACCCACAAGCCUCAACUCCUGAGACUGCCCAAUUUUAGUCAGAUCAUGGACCCCUGCACUCUCCCAAAAACAGUAGUGAAGGGGAUCAAGCCCUCUCCGAGCUCCCUGUAAUUUGAGCACUUCUGACAAUCCCUGUAAGAGGGUAUAAGAACCUAAAAAACACACACCAGCUAUCACAUUUGUUAACACACUGAUGAGGUUGAUCUGCAUUAACGAAAAGCACAUGUCAAAUAACUGUCACUCAGCUCUGUAGCUUGGAGAAAAGAGUUGCCAUUUUUCUAGCAUAUAAUCUAAUCAUUUGGAAUGGCUCUGGCUGCCCCACUUCCAAGGUCAGUGAAGUUUCCUUCAGUUCUGGGAACUGAAGAGAAGAGACACUUGCUAUGUGGUAGUUAGGCUGUGCUGUCUUAGGUAUGAUGGUGGUGGUUAUAAUUAACAGGAGCAUGAUGAAUAACCCUCAUACCUGGGCUUUAUCCAGACACUGUAUAUCAAGGAUGGCUAAUCUGUGACUCUCCAAAUAUUGUUGGAAUCCAGCUCCCAUCAGUCUCAGACAGUAUGGCUAAUGGUCAGGGGUAGGUACGCCACCUCUGCUGUAUAUGAAGGCUUUGCCAGCUUUUUCUGAAAGAGUUCCUGUGCCUUUCACAGCUGCAUGCCAGGCUAAAAUGCAACUUGUACAACUUCUCUUGGCAUAAAGAUGCAGUCAUUUUUUUGGGGGGGGGGGGCUGCAGUUGCUAAGUUCCUUCUUGUCAUGCAGCAACUGAAACCACAGGAGCCCAGCCAAGAAAAAGAGGGGGAGGAGAAAAUCUGUGGAUAUUUGGAAAUCAACACUUGUGGGUUUAAGAGGAAAUGCUGCCACCAGAAUUAAACAUUUGACCUGCUUUCCUCUCUUCUCUACAUCUGCACAUAGCUCACUCUGGUGAUUAAAAUUGCUGCACUAAGCCUUAUAUGUUGGGAGAAAAUAACUUUUCUGAAGUGCACAAAGCUAGCGGUAUCCCAGUUGUUUGGUCAACUUAGCAGCAAAAUAAAUGGAUAUCUGCUAGAUGCCCUUUUUGUGCCACUUAAGGGCUAUGCAUGCAAUCCUUAGGUUUGUGGUUAUCCAUAGAAACUAUUUGUAUGGAUAUUUAGUUACGCUGAACCAACAGUUUGCAUUUGUAUCAGCACACAGUUCAGUGGAUGUGCUUAAUCAUGAUUUGAGCUCAUGUAACUACAACCAGCAGUCUUGAAUCCAGACUGUUAGCCCAGAUAGAAAAUUUAAAUGGAUAACUCUGUAUGUAAGGCUCAUGUGUCUGCUCAGGAUCCCCAGGUACAGGCCAAGAUUAACUAUGCACAAAAUGCAGUGAGAAUAACUUUUAGCAGGUCUUUUGCAAUGUGAUGAGUGAAAGUGGUUAAACUAUCAAACAGCGUGUAUGUAAAAUACAAUGGCAGGGCCUAUGUAUUUGAAUUCCUCAUUGCCAUAUUGUGAAUUAUACCAGUAUGAACAACAGAGAGCCGAAAAAUACAAAUAAGCUACUAGAGGUCUGGCAAAGUGAAAAGGAUUAUUUGCCUUGUUUCUAAUCUAGGCAUGUGCAGGCAGUCUGCCACCCUCUUGACAAUCUAAACUUUAAAAUCUGUGUGAUAAGCUGUAGCUUGGCAGCCACAAAAAUUCUUAGUCUACAUAUUUUGAUGUAAGUAUACUACUAUAUUGUAGCUAUGUGGUAUAUGCUGAUAUGUUAAUGGUGUAUACCUUUAAGUUAGGAUUUGCUAAUGUAAUACAUUUCAAUAAAAAGCUAUUU